UGCGCGACACUACGUCAUCAAGUUCGGCACCAGGCGUUUCCGUAUAGUCUCUCCCAAUUAAAAUGCACAACUUUAGCUAGCUAGAAGUUAGCUGGGUAUAUCAGUCGUUUCUGAAUUUGAAGUUGAGUAUUUCAUUUAGCUAAACAUUAUUGUGUGCACCAGCACCGUGAAAGGGGAACGUCUCACGUGCUUACAAUGACCACACUGCUGAAUUUUAAAUAGCCAUGUGGUUCUUUAGCAGCUAAACUAGCUAGCUAACGUUACCUACCUAGCCGGUAGUUGUGUUUCAGUAUCAUUCAAAGGGCUGUUACUCGUGCAAACAUCGACACUUGUUUGUGAUGGACUACACAGAGGAUGAAGAAAUGGAGACAAGUGAUGAAGAGCAAGGUAGGUAAUAUGAAGGUUUUUUUCAAGACUUCGCUAACUAUCCCCGGGGUGUGAAGUGACUUGACCAGCUGGUUGGGAUCAUUGGGCUGUGACUUUUGGAUGAGUUCAAGCAACCCUUUUGUAUGUAGCUCAAGCAACCCUUUUGUAUGUAGCUCAAUUAGGCAUGAUAUCUUUGUUCACUGUAAGUUAGCUUGAAAUUCAGUAAAGUUUUGCCUGUCACUCUGUCAUUGCCCCCUGUCCUUCUAUUCUAUGGACUGUCUGUUUGUCUGACUAGUUGGUUGUCUGUUUGACUGAUUGGUCGUCUGUCUGUCUACUUGUGGUUGUUCAUCUGUCUGUAUGUCUGUCUUUCUGUAUAUAGGGCUGUCUAUUUGACUUGUCGAUACAUAUGUCUGUCUGGUUGGUCGUCUGUUUGAUUUCUUAGACAUCUGUCUGACUGGUUGGUCAUCUGUCUGGUUGGUUUGCUGUCUGACUGUCUGUCUAUUCUUGUCUUUCUGGUUGGUUGGCCAUCUGUCUCUCUGACCGCCUCUGUUCUGUGGAUGUCUGUCUGUCUGUGUCUGAUUGGCUGGUUGGUCUUCUGUAUAUCUGUCCUUUGGUUACAGCCUGGGGUAGGGAGGAUCUGAUAAAGCUCCUGCAUGGUAUCAAAGAAAACAUCCCCAAAGGUGACACGAGUAUAUACACUAAAGGGGAGAGGACACUGGAGUGGGACAAGGUGGCUUUCCAUCCCUACUCUCCACAGAUGUGUCAUCAGAAGUGGAAGGAGCUAUCAAUAAAGGUGGGUGACUUUUGGCCUAAAAAUCCUAGCCUGGACCCAGAUCUGUUUGUACUGUAUAGCUGAGUUGGCUAUACAGCACUAACAGAUCUGGGACCAGGAUAGGCAAAUCCUCCUGAGACAGACAGCAUUUAAUCUGAGUUGGCUACCUUGCUAUCCACUAAGUAAAUGAGUUAGGCUACUCUUGUAUGUUUGUUCUUGGUUCUCAUGGAAUAUGAAAUGUCAUUCAAAAUAUUCAUACAUUGGUUCACGUGAACUUAGACAUUACUAUGUAUAUCUCUGUACUAUCAUUUACGUUUUAGUCAUUUGGCAGACGCUCGUAUCCAGAGCGACUUACAAAUGUGAGUGUGUACAUUUUCGCACUGGUCCCCCGUGGGAAUCGAACCCACAACCCUGUCGUUGCAAGCGCCAAGCUCUACCAACUGAGCCACACGGGAUACUGUCAAAAUUUAAUAUCUCUGUGUUUCUCUCUAAGCUGCGCAAGAUGCGUUCUCUAGCAGAGCUGGUCACUGAAGCUGAGGGUGCCUUUGAAAACCCUUUCCAGGGCCAGAACUGGAAGGUAAGUGAGAACUUGGUCUAACUCCUGUAAAUGUCCCUCAUGAACCUAUAAAAUGCUGCUUAAAUUAAUAGAGUAGACCAGGGGUCUCCAAUCUUUCCUAGCAUGAGAGCUACUUUUAAAAAAUGAAACAUGUCGCAAGCUACUAAUUAUUUUCUAGCUUUCAAAUAGGCACGUUCUUCUCUUCUCCCCUGCAACUCUUCCCCGUCCUUAGUGUACAAGAUAAAGUAGUGCACUAUGUUUUCUGUCAAUAUACCAGGUAAACUAAUGGUUAAUAAACAACUAAGGGGGGCCCUAUAAAAUCCAAGAUUUUUGUCUCCCAAAUUCAGUUUAAUAUUUUCCCAAAUUAUGUUUUCUCAGUUGUAUUUUUCCUGGUUUUAGAUUAGUUUUUGUUUUUCACACUCAAAAUUCCAAUUGUUCAUAGAGAAACAACAAAAUUGGAUGUUCUGAGUCCAUGUCAAUGCUAAACUCACAUCAGAAUACCCUUCUUUUUUUUUUUUGGGGGGGGGGGGGGGGGUCUGAAAGAAAACAAACAAAUUCAGAUUUUUUUGUCUAAUUCCCCUUUAAUUGUGCAUCUUGUGAGUGAGGAAUGUGUAUCUAAUGUGCUGGUCUAGCGAUGGUUCUGUACUGCUGCUGCUCAAUUCAUGGAAAGUUUGCAAAUUAAUAGAUACCAAUUAUAUACUUACUCAUGAUAUACUUCUGCCAGGUAAGCCUACUUUGCAGUUAACAUUUAAUUAGGUUUUGGGGAAAGUAUUUCUGUCAACCGACAAGACGGUUAUCACAAACGCACGCACCACACAGACAGACGGGCAAUAUUGCUGGAAAUUAAUUGGCAGAUAUUGUGUUAUGUUUGGCUUUUUAAGCCAAUAGUGGCUAACCAGGGGUGGGAUAAUGUCAAUGUUGCGUUGAGGAAAUAGUAGCUGGGAGCUUGCGGUGUCUGAUACUUCAGAGAUUUGUUUAUGACAGUUUGUGGUGGAACAUGUGAAAAUUGCAUGUAGUUUCAGAACUGUUUGGCGAGCUACUCAUAGGUGGGCUGUGAGCUACUGGUAGCUCACGAUCGACCUGUUGGAGACCCCUGGAGUAGACGUAGAAGCUUCCACCUGCUGUAGGCACUGGCUCAGGGAAAUUCAACAUGCCAACUGCCUGCCCUUAAACCAAGACACUAGCUAGUGUUUCAUCAAAUUGGCGACAGAUUUUCAUGUGAAUAUUCUAAAAUCUGCUUAAAACAAUAUGCACAUUUUCCCACCAGAGAUGUUUCCAUCAAACGGACCAAAUGCAGAUCAAAGGAAGUGCGUGUUGACGUAGUGCACAUAAAAUAACUUUUGCGGUUAAAUUCCCAUGUUCCGAAUGAAAAAUACAAGUUAAAUGGGUUUCCAUCGCAUUUUUGAAAAGCUACUGAUGGUUUUGUGACAAAAACUGUUGCGUUAUAUAUAGCAAAUGUACACACUCAGGUCUUGUCAUGUCCACUCUAGCCAACAGCUCGAAGAUACAGUGCGGGUAGGCAACCUACAUGAUGAGAUUAUUAUUGACAAGAGCAAGAUAAUUUGUAUUUGUCAACCGGCAGCCAAGCAUCGAUCAUCAUGUCACUAGAAUAAGACCACAAUUUCUCGCACAUACAUUUUACAGACAAAAAAGAUCCCACCAUGUCGAACGAACAAAUUGUCUGUCCACAUUUAUAAAAUUGUACCGGCAUUUCCUGUUUCCAUCAGCCCGGUCCUGACUUUUUUCAUGCGUCAGGUAAUUGGUUCGAUGGAAACCUGGUUAGUGAUGCAGAAUAUUUAGUCAUUUUGCUGUAAGAUGUGUGUAAUUUGGACUUUUGCACAAAUCAUGCAUUGAAUUUUAAGAGAAAAACAGGGAUCUCAAGUUAGGAUUCAAAAGUAUAAGUUAUAGUCAAGUGGCAAACUGAUAAUUUUUUUAGUUAUUGUCCAUUACUUGUUACAGUGAGGAUUUGCUUGUAGAUGUACUCCAGCUAUGUUUGAACUGUUCCUGUUGGAAAAACAAUAUCCCAAGUAUAAAUACAGUAAUGUACACACACUUAAGGGUAAAACAAAUAUGUUUUGAGCAAAUAGAGUUUUUUAGACACAAGCGCAAACUUCAUGGAGUAGGCCAUUCAAGGAGUUGGUCUGAUGGUGCCAUCUGAUGUCAUCGGCCUCCCCCAUGCUUGACGAACAAUAGAGGAGCAAUCGAGUACAAAAGAGGAAAGGCCCACCCCCCCACACUUGUGCCAUGUCAGAGAUGUGCCUUUUGUAAAGUAAAUCAGGUGGUAAAUGAGCUGAAAAGGAGACUGGAGUAGGACUUUAAGAGAGGAUGCUUUACGUAAUGGAAAAAUCUGCUCUGUUCUUUUGCAGAUACACCCUGACUUCCCAAGGAGACCUAACCCGCCAAACAGCAUCUUCUCCAAAGAGAACUUUAAAAGGUUUGAGAAGCAGCAGCCUGAGAUGAUGGCCUCUGAGCUCUUUACGUUCAUCAAUGAGAAGUAUAGUGAGCUCCCAGAGCACAAGAAGGUGAGUCAGUGUGUGAAGUGCUUUUUAUAGUCAUAAUGGCAAUGAUCUCCCAUUUUCAAGUUGCUAUAGCACGAUUUAUUUAUCCUCGAUUUCUUUGGUUUGAGUUAGUCUAAGUGUUAUGAUGAGUUUCUAGGAUAUCAAGUAAUCAAGGAUGUAAGAAUAUACUUAGACACUUUUGAUAGGGAGUUCAUAUUAGAUAUUUAAUAUGGUAACAUGGUUAGUUAUAACAGAAGGACAGAGCUUUGCCUCUACCAUCUCCCUAACUCCAGAACAAUGAUCCACUCUCUCUAUAUAUACACUCUGUUACAAGUCUCUCCACAAACAUCUGGUAAUCCUCAUGGGCACUCCCAUUCUUUGAUGUUAUUACCCUUUACCCCUGUCAGUAUAUCCUGUCCAUCAAUUAUUCUAAGAUCAACAUCAGUAAUCUCCUUUGACAUAACGGAAUGGAGACUCCGUGGCACCAAACCCCUUAUCUAGUAACUCUAACCUGGUCCCCACGAUACUAUGACAUGACAUCAUUACAAUCCACAUUUUAUUUAUUUAUUUUGUGGCAAGUAAAAUUACUUAACCCCCAACAGUUCAUAUAAAAUACAAUAUUUCCAAUCAGUAAUAUAUAUCUGACUAGAGCCUAAAGUAUGCUAGAUAACUUGAGAAUUCACCACUUUCUACCUUCUAUACCUGAAUCCAACCUGAUUCUCCAUAUAUUUAAUCAAAAGGUAUAAAUUCUCAGUCAUCUAUCUUAUGCGAUAUCAAACCUCUAUAGACUCAGUCUGAGUAAAAGAUAAACACAUAAUUAACUACUAUAUAUUCAUGCUAACAAUUUAUGUAGUCAAAACCUUACUUUUAUUUAUAUAUAUAUAUAUAUAUAUAUAUAUAUAUAUACACACACACACACACACACACAGUGGGGAGAACAAGUAUUUGAUACACUGCCGAUUUUGCAGGUUUUCCUACUUACAAAGCAUGUAGAGGUCUGUAAUUUUUAUCAUAGGUACACUUCAACUGUGAGAGACGGAAUCUAAAACAAAAAUCCAGAAAAUCACAUUGUAUGAUUUUUAAGUAAUUAAUUUGCAUUUUAUUGCAUGACAUAAGUAUUUGAUCACCUACCAACCAGUAAGAAUUCCGGCUCUCACAGACGAGUUAGUUUUUCUUUAAGAAGCCCUCCUGUUCUCCACUCAUUACCUGUAUUAACUUCACCUGUUUGAACUCGUUACCUGAAUAAAAGACACCUGUCCACACACUCAAUCAAACAGACUCCAACCUCUCCACAAUGGCCAAGACCAGAGAGCUGUGUAAGGACAUCAGGGAUAAAAUUGUAGACCUGCACAAGGCUGGGAUGGGCUACAGGACAAUAGGCAAGCAGCUUGGUGAGAAGGCAACAACUGUUGGCGCAAUUAUUAGAAAAUUGAAGAAGUUCAAGAUGACGGUCAAUCACCCUCGGUCUGGGGCUCCAUGCAAGAUCUCACCUCGUGGGGCAUCAAUGAUCAUGAGGAAGGUGAGGGAUCAGCCCAGAACUACACGGCAGGACCUGGUCAAUGACCUGUAGAGAGCUGGGACCACAGUCUCAAAGAAAACCAUUAGUAACACACUAUGCCGUCAUGGAUUAAAAUCCUGCAGCGCACGCAAGGUCCCCCUGCUCAAGCCAGCGCAUGUCCAGGCCCGUUUGAAGUUUGCCAAUGACCAUCUGGAUGAUCCAGAGGAGGAAUGGGAGAAGGUCAUGUGGUCUGAUGAGACCGAAAUAUAGCUAUUUGGUCUAAACUCCACUCGCCAAUGUGAUUUUCUGGAUUUUUGUUUUAGAUUCCGUCUCUCACAGUUGAAGUGUACCUAUGAUAAAAAAUUACAGACCUCUACAUGCUUUGUAAGUAGGAAAACCUGCAAAAUCAGCAGUGUAUCAAAUACUUGUUCUCCCCACUGUGUGUGUGUGUGUGUGUGUAUAUAUAUAUAUAUAUAUAUAUAUAUAUAUAUAUAUAUAUAUAUAUAUAUAUACACACACAAUCACACACACACACACACACAGUGGGGAGAACAAGUGUAUAUAUAUAUACCGGUCUACUAAGCUGGCCAUUCAUUACUGCUAUUAGUACAUGCAAUAUUAGUAAUUAAAUACUUAAAUUAAAAUCCCCAUCCUGAUCUGUAUUAAAAUUGAGUUCCUAUUUUUUGUUUUGGUGCUAUGAUUCAAUAUGUUUCGCUGCAUUGGCUCCAUCUCCUGGCCGUGUUGAGUAUUUACAAGGCUCUCUUCUGUUUAUGACGAUUUAUUACGUCAAAGGUCCGUAACCUAUUCCUCUCUUUUAUAAUGUACUUUUACAUUAAGGGAAUAAACACCCUCUCUCUUUAUGACGUAUCUAACAUCAAGGGUUACCUGAGCCCAUUCAUUUUAUAAUGUACUGUUUUACAUUAAUGGAAUCAUCCACUCUCUUUAUGAUGUACUAUUACAUCAUAGAUGCCCUGCGCCUACUCUAUUGUCCUCUCUUGCCUUCACUCAAUACUGUAAACACACCUUAUUCUGAAUCAUAUCACCAUGUCAUUGUCUAAUUUGAUAUUCUCCUUAAAUCCCUUCUACACAACUCAAUACCACUCAUCGUCCCCCUUUAAAAAUAUUGAAUUUCAAAUAUCCGUUACAGCUAAGCCUUACCACAGAUGAGCAGAAUUUGACAUAAUCAAAAAAAUGAAAGUCCGCUUACCUGUUAGUUUGGCUGUGAACUGCAUCCUGUUCGUUUAGACGCCAAUCUGUUAUGAUGAGUUUCUAGUAUAUCAAGUAAUCUAGGAUGUAAGAAUAUACUUAGACACUUUUGAUGGGGAGUUCAUAUUAGAUAUUUAAUAUGGUAACAUGGUUAACUAUAACAGAAGGACAGAGCUUUGCCUCUACCAUCUCCCUAACUCCAGAACAAAGAUCCACUCUCUCUAUAUAUACACUCUGUUACAAGUCUCUCCACGAACAUCUGGUCAUCCUCAUGGGCACUCCCAUUCUUGGAUGUUAUUACCCUUUACCACUGUCAGUAUAUCCUGUCCAUCAAUUAUUCUAAGAUCAACAUCAGUAAUCUCCUUUGACAUAACGGAAUGUAGACUCCGUGGCACCAAACCCCUUAUCUAGUAACUCUAACCUGAUCCCCACGAUACUAUGACAUGACAUCAUUACACUAAGAUACCUUAGAGUGAACUACACGCUUGACUGACUGGUUGUUUAUUCCUAUUUCUGAUUUAUAGGCAAUAUACAUUGCGAAAUUCCAGAAAGAGAAGGAACUGUAUGAGAAAAGCAUGAGGAGGUUGAGGUAAAAAUGUAUUGAGCUGUCUCUUGCUUUCUGGAUUUCAUAGAUACAUCAUGUUUGUUGACUUUCUAAAGUCUCACCUGAACCAAUGCUCCUCCAGGAAAGAGUACACUGGGGUGAAGAAGGUACGGAGAGACUGUUUAAAGAACAUAAAAGGGCCCCUCACACCCCACGGGCUGUGGUACCGCCACGAGAGGAGGAAAUUCCUUCUAGCCAACCCAGAUGUGAGUGUCAUAGCUGUCAGCCAAUUUAAUGUCAUCUGUUCAAGGCUUAUGUUUUUGUUGAAAUAUCCUACAAGGCUAGCUAGUGGAGGGGUGGGAAAUGUUAUACUGCAAGGGCCGGUGUGGCUUCAGAGUUCAGCAACCUGCUUCUACUAAUCAACUUAUAAUACUUUUUAAUCAAGCCUUUAAUUAGUUGAAUCACCUACACUACUGGUCAAAAGUUUUUGAACACCUACUCAUUCAAGGGUUUUUCUUUAUUUAGACUAUUUUCUACAUUGUAGAAUAAUAGUGAAGACAUCAAAACAAUGAAAUAACACAUAUGGAAUCAUGUAGUAACCAAAAAAGUGUUAAACAAAUCAAAAUAUAUGUUAUAUUUGAGAUUCUUCAAAUAACCAUCCUUUGCCUUGAUGACAGCUUUGCAUACUCUUGGCAUUCUCUCAACCAGCUUCACCUGGAAUGCUUUUCCAACAGUCUUGAAGGAGUUCCCACAUGCUGAGCACUUGUUGGCUGCUUUUCCUUCACUCUGCGGUCCAACUCAUCCCAAACCAUCUCAAUUUGGUUGAGGUCAGGGGAUUGUGGAGGCCAGGUCAUCUGAUGCAGCACUCCAUCACUCUCCUUCUUGGUAAAAUAGCCCUUACAUAGCCUGGAGGUGUGUUGGGUCAACAAAUGACAGUCCCACUAAGCCCAAACCAGAUGGGAUGGUGUAUCACUGCAGAAUGCUGUGGUAGCCAUGCUGGUUAAGUGUGCCUUGAAUUCUAAAUAAAUCACAGACAGUGUCACCAGCAAAGCACCCCCACACCAUAACACCUCCUCCUCCAUGCUUUACGGUGGGAACUACACGUGGAGAUCAUCCAUUCACCCACACCCGUCUCACAAAGAAUGAGUAGGUGUUCUAAAACUUUUGACCGGUAGUGUAUGUUAUUGCAUGUUCUUUAUAUAGAGGAAUUACUUAUUAUCCUGACCACCCACUGACUGUUCCAAUACACAAUUCAUUUAAUGUAACCAUUAUUUAUACAGGUUAGUCUUACUGAUAAAUCUACAUUGCAUAAGAAACAGAUUAACUGCAGAAAGAUCUAGCAGGUGACAUAGCAUCAUGUCUCUCUCCCCAGGCCAGAGGAGACUGUAUCAGGCAGAGUAUUGAGCAGAAAAAGCGCUGGUCCGAGCUGCCCGACAAGGAGAAACUCAAGUGGAUCAAGCGCUCUCUUGAGCAGCAGACACAGUAUGAGGAGGUGGGUGUUUUGCUGGUGUCUUUAUCGCCUAGAAUACCUAACUGGUCAAAAUCGACUGUAAGGAGUCGACAUGUAUACACUACGGCUAGGCAGAGUCUUAUCCAGAGCAGUUGGGAAUCUGUUUAUUUCAGUCACUGAUUUGUACUCUCAUUUCUGGACUAUGCUCAGUCUGUCAGAGCUAUACUGAACAAAAAUGUUAAUGCAACAAUUUCAAAGAUUUUACUGAGUUACAGUUCAUAUAAGGAAAUCAGUAAAUUGAAAUACAUUUGUUAGGCCCUAAUCUAUAGAUUUCACAUGACUGGGCAGGGGCACAGCCAUGGGUGGGCCUGGGAGGGCAUAGCCAACCAAUUUGGGAGCCAGGCCCACCCACUGGGGAGCCAGGCCCAGCCAAUCAGAAUGAGUUUCUCCCCACAAAAGGACUUUAUUACAGACAAAAGUACUCCUCAGUCAUUGUCCCCAGCACAAGGUGCACCUGUGUAAUGAUCAUGCUGUUUAAUCAGAUUCUUGAUAUACCUCACCUGUCAGGUGGAUGGAUUAUCUUGGCAAAGGAGAAAUGCUCACUAACUGGGAUGUAAACAAAUUUGUGCACAAUUUGAGAAAAAAUAUGCUUUUUGUACAUACAGAACAUUUCUGGGAUCUUUUUAUUUCAGCUCAUGAAACAUGGGUUCAACACUUUACAUCAGGGUUCUUUAAUUCCGGUCCUGGAGGGCCGAAACACCUCUGUUUUUCAUCCUCUCCUUCUAAUCAGGGGCUAAUUCAGACCUGGGACACCAGGUGAGUGCAAUUAACUACCAGGUAUAAAUAAAAAACAGAAGUGUUUCGGCCCUCCAGGACCAGAAUUGAAGAACCCUGCUUUACAUGUUGCGUUAUAUUGUUGUUCAGUAUGUGUUCACUUCACUAUCACAACGUUCCACAACACAUUUAUGGUUUAGGUUGUUGUUUUUGCAUCACAUGAAUCACAGAUUAUGGUCCUCUGUAGCUCAGCUGGUAGAGCACGGCGCUUGAAACGCCAAGGUAGUAGGUUCGAUCCCCGGGACCACCAUACACAAAAAAUGUAUGCGCUCAUGACUGUAAGUCGCUUUGGAUAAAAGCGUCUGCUAAAUGGCAUAUUUAUGAAUCACUGAACCAUGAACAACUCAUGUUGCAGGAGGAGAUGGAGGAGCACCCAGAGAGUAAGGGCAGUCGGAAGGCCAAGCAUAAGCCGCUUCUGCGCAAGAGUGAGAGACUGUUGAAGGACUUGGCAGACGGCAAGCCUGACAAACCCCCAUGGUAAGUCACUGGGCCUACCUUUACCAUAAAGGCCUACCUUUUGCCAAAGUGGUAACCAUUGCAUGAGUAAACAGAUAGUCGAACACACUAAAUAUGCUCCCAAUAAUUUAGUGGGUAAACAACAUUUCUGCACAUAGUACCUUCUUCAGGCUUGAACGUUGGUUAACCCAUACAAUUAUUGGGAGUAUAUUUAUUUAUGUAUACUAUUCCGUUAGUCAGCACCUCUCCAACAUUAUUGGGUGUGUACCCACUCAUUUACAUUUUACAUUUUAGUCAUUUAGCAGACGCUCUUAUCCAGAGUGACUUACAGUUAGUGAGUGCAUACAUUAUUUUAUUUUUCAUACUGGCCCCCCUUGGGAAUCAAACCCACAACCCUGGCGUUGCAAACGCCAUGCUCUACCAACUGAGCUACAUCCCUGCCGACCAUUCCCUCCCCUACCCUGGACGACGCUGGGCCAAUUGUGUGCCGCCCCAUGGGUCUCCUGGUCGCGGCCGCCUACGACAGAGCCUGGAUUCGAACCAGGAUCUCUAGUGGCACAGCUAGUACUGCGAUGCAGUGCCUUAGACCACUGCGCCACUCGUGCCUUUUACAGAACUAUUGCAUGAGUGCCGAUUCAUUUUCCCAUAUAGGUCAAAGUUGAUUACGUUUUCAAUAUACAGUGUAUUCAGACCCCUUGACUUUUUUACACAUUUUGUUACGUUACAGCCUUAUUCUAAAAAUGAUUAAACAAUUAUUAUUAGAAUUUUUCCCCCUCAUCAAUCUGCACACAAUACCCCCCCCCCCCCCCCCCCCCCCCCAUAAUGACAAAGCGAAAACAGGUUUUUAGAAAUGUUUGCAAUUUAUAAAACAUUUAAAAAAGAAAUAUCUUAUUUACUUACAGUUGAAGUUGGAAGUUUACAUACACUUACAGUGAGGGAAAAAAGUAUUUGAUCCCUUGCUGAUUUUGUACGUUUGCCCACUGACAAAGACAUGAUCAGUCUAUCAUUUUAAUGGUAGGUUUAUUUGAACAGUGAGAGACAGAAUAACAACAACAAAAUCCAGAAAAAUGCAUGUCAAAAAUGUUAUAAAUUGAUUUGCAUUUUAAUGAGGGAAAUAAGUAUUUGACCCCUCUGCAAAACAUGACUUAGUACUUGGUGGCAAAACCCUUGUUGGCAAUCACAGAGGUCAGACGUUUCUUGUAGUUGGCCACCAGGUUUGCACACAUCUCAGGAGGGAUUUUGUCCCACUCCUCUUUGCAGAUCUUCUCCAAGUCAUUAAGGUUUCGAGGCUGACGUUUGGCAACUCAAACCUUCAGCUCCCUCCACAGAUUUUCUAUGGGAUUAAGGUCUGGAGACUGGCUAGGCCACUCCAGGACCUUAAUGUGCUUCUUCUUGAGCCACUCCUUUGUUGCCUUGGCCGUGUGUUUUGGGUCAUUGUCAUGCUGGAAUACCCAUCCACGACCCAUUUUCAAUGCCCUAGCUGAGGGAAGGAGGUUCUCACCCAAGAUUUGACGGUACAUGGCCCCGUCCAUCGUCCCUUUGAUGUGGUGAAGUUGUCCUGUCCCCUUAGCAGAAAAAAACCACCAAAGCAUAAUGUUUCCACCUCCAUGUUUGACGGUGGGGAUGGUGUUCUUGGGGUCAUAGGCAGCAUUCCUCCUCCUCCAAACACGGUGAGUUGAGUUGAUGCCAAAGAGCUCCAUUUUGGUCUCAUCUGACCACAACACUUUCACCCAGUUCUCCUCUGAAUCAUUCAGAUGUUCAUUGGCAAACUUCAGACGGGCCUGUAUAUGUGCUUUCUUGAGCAGGAGGAGCUUGCGGGCGCUGCAGGAUUUCAGUCCUUCACGGCGUAGUGUGUUACCAAUUGUUUUCUUGGUGACUAUGGUCCCAGCUGCCUUGAGAUCAUUCACAAGAUCCUCCCGUGUAGUUCUGGGCUGAUUCCUCACCGUUCUCAUGAUCAUUGCAACUCCACGAGGUGAGAUCUUGCAUGGAGCCCCAGGCCGAGGGAGAUUGAUAGUUAUUUUGUGUUUCUUCUAUUUGCGAAUAAUCGCACCAACUGUUGUCACCUUCUCACCAAGCUGCUUGGCGAUGGUCUUGUAGCCCAUUCCAGCCUUGUGUAGGUCUACAAUCUUGUUCGUGACAUCCUUGGAGAGCUCUUUGGUCUUGGCCAUGGUGGAGAGUUUGGAAUCUGAUUGAUUGAUUGCUUCUGUGGACAGGUGUCUUUUUAUACAGGUAACAAACUGAGAUUAGGAGCACUCCCUUUAAGAGUGUGCUCCUAAUCUCAGCUUGUUACCUGUAUAAAAGACACCUGGGAGCCAGAAAUCUUUCUGAUUGAGAGGGGGUCAAAUACUUAUUUCCCUCACUGUAGGUUGGAGUCAAUAAAACUCAUUUUUCAACCACUCCACACAUUUCUUGUUAACAAACUAUCGUUUUGGCAAGUCGGUUAGGACAUCUACUUUGUGCAUGACACAAGUAGUUUUUCCAACAAUUGUUUACAGACAGAUUAUUUCACUUAUAAUUUACUGUAUCAUAAUUCCAGUGGGUCAGACGUUUACAUACACUGAGUUGACUGUGCCUUUAAACAGCUUGGAAAAUUCCAGAAAAUGAUGUCAUGGCUUUAGAAGCUUCUGAUAGGCUAAUUGACAUAAUUUGAGUCAAUUGGAGGUGUACCUGUGGAUGUAUUUCAAGGCCUACCUUAAAAUCCAGUGCCUUUUUGCUUGACAUCAUGGGAAAAUCAAAAGAAAUCAGCCAAGACCUCAGAAAAUAAUUGUAGACCUCCACCUCUGGUUCAUCCUUGGGAGCAAUUUCCAAACGCCUGAACGUACAACGUUCAUCUGUACAAACAAUAGUAUGCAAAUAUAAACACCAUGGGACCACGCAGCCGUCAUACCGCUCAGGAAGGAGACGCGUUCUGUCUCCUAGAGAUGAACGUACUUUGGUGCGAAAAGUGCAAAUCAAUCCCAGAACAACAGCAAAGGACCUUGUGAAGAUGCUGGAGGAAACAGGUACAAAAGUAUCUAUAUCCACAGUAAAACGAGUCCUAUAUCGACAUAACCUGAAAGGCCGCUCAGCAAGGAAGAAGCCACUGUUCCAAAACCGCCAUAAAAAAGACAGAUUACGGUUUGCAACUGCACAUGGGGACAAAGAUUAUACUUUUUGGAGAAAUGUCCUCUGGUCUGAUGAAACAAAAAUAUAACUGUUUGGCCAUAAUGACCAUCGUUAUGUUUGGAGGAAAAAGAAGGGCCUUGCAAGCCGAAGAACACCAUCCCAACCGUGAAGCACGGGGGUAGCAGCAUUAUUCUGUGGGGGUGCUUUGCUGCAGGAGGGACUGGUGCACAUCACAAAAUAGAUGGCAUCAUAGCAACAUCUCAAGACAUCAGUCAGGAAGUUAAAGCUUGGUCGCAAACAGGUCUUCCAAAUGGACAAUGACCCCAAGCAUACUUCCAAAGUUGUGGCAAAAUGGCUUAAGGACAAUAAAGUCAAGGUAUUGGAGUGGCCAUCACAAAUCCCUGACCUCAAUCCUAUAGAAAAUGUGUGGGCAGAACUGAAAAAGUGAGGCCUCAUGGCUUGGUUUAGCUCUGACAUGCACUGUCAACUGUGGGACCUUAUAUAGACAGGUGUGCCUUUCCAAAUCAUGUCCAAUCAAUUGAAUUUACCACAGGUGGACUUCAACCAAGUUGUAGAAACAUCCCAAGGAUGAUCAAUGGAAACAGGAUGCACCUGAGCUCAAUUGAGAGUCUCAUAGCAAAAGGACUGAAUACUUACAGUUGAAGUCGGAAGUUUACAUACACCUUAGCCAAAUACAUUUAAACUCAGUUUAUCACAAUUCCUGACAUUUAAUCCUAGUAAGAAAUCCAUGUCUUAUGUCAGUUAGGAUCACCACUUUAUUUUAAGAAUGUGAAAUGUCAGAAUAAUAGUUGAGAGACUGAUUUAUUUCAGCUUUUAUUUCUUUCAUUAUAUUCCCAGUGGGUCAGAAGUUUACAUACACUCAAUUAGUAUUUGGUAGCAUUGCCUUUACAUUGUUUAACUUGGGUCAAAUGUUUCAGGUAGCCUUCCACAAGCUUCCCAUAAUAAGUUGGGUGAAUUUUGGCCCAUUCCUCCUGACAGAGCUGGUGUAACUAAGUCAGGUUUGUAGGUCUGUCACACCCUGGCCUUGAGAGGCCUGUUGUCUUUAGUUGGUUUGGUCAGGGCGUGAGAAUCUAUGCUGGAAAUUCUAUGUUUGUGAUCUAGGUAGUGUAUUUCUAUGUUGGGCCGGGUGUGAUUCCCAAUCAGAGACAGCUGUCGCUCGUUGUCUCUGAUUGGGGAUCAUACUUAAGUAGCCUGUUUGCCUACCUUAAUUGUGGGAUCUUGUUCCGUGUUAGGCUUGCAUGUGUUUAGCUUGAGGACUUCACGUUACGUUGUUUCUUGUUUUGUUUAAUGUUUAUUUUGUUUAAUAAACAUGUUCAAAUACCACGCUGCACCUUGGUCUGACCCGUCUCUCAACGAUCGUGACAAGGUCGAAGGAAUUGUCCGCAGAGCUCCGAAACAGGAUUGUGUCGAGGCACAGAUCUGGGGAAGGGUACCAAAAAAUGUCUCUAGCAUUGAAGGUCACCAAGAACACAGUGGCCUCCAUCAUUCUUAAAUGGAAGAAGUUUGGAACCACCAAGACUCUUCCUAGACCAGGCUGCCCGGCCAAACUGAGCAAUUGGGGAGAAGGGCCUUGGUCAGGGAGGUGACCAAGAACUCGAUGUUCACUCUGACAGAGCUCUAGAGUUCCUCUCUGGAGAUGGGAGAACCUUCUAGAAGGACAACCAUCUCUGCAGCACUCCACCAAUCAGGCCUUUAUGGUAGAUUGGCCAGACGGAGGCCACUCCUCAGCAAAAGGCACAUGACAGCCCGCUUGGAGUUUGGCAAAAGGCAUCUAAAGGACUCUGACCAUGAGAAACAAGAUUCUCUGGUCUGAUGAAACCAAGAUUGAACUCUUUGGCCUGAAUGCCAAGCGUCACGUCUGGAGGAAACCUGGCACCAUCCCUACGGUGAAGCAUGGUGGUGGCAGCAGCAUGCUGUGGGGAUGUUUUUCAGCGUUAGGGACUGGGAGACUAGUCAGGAUCAAGGGAAAGAUGAACGGAGCAAAGUACAGAGAGAUCCUUGAUGAAAACCUGCUCCAGAGCGCUCAGAACCUCAGACUGGGGCGAAGGUUCACCCUAAGCACACAGCCAAGACAACGCAGGAGUGGUUUCGGGACAAGUCUCUAAAUGUCCUUGAGUGGCCCAGUAAGAGCCCGGACUUGAACCCGAUCUAACAUCUCUGGAGAGACCUGAAAAUGGCUGUGCAGCGAUGCUGCCCAUCCAACCUGACAGAGCUUGAGAGGAUCUGCCGAGAAGAAUGGGAGAAACUCCCCAAAUACAGGUGUGCCAAGCUUGUAGCGUCAUACCCAAUAAGGCUCAAGGCUGUAAUCGCUGCCAAAGGUGCUUCAACAAAGUACUGAGUAAAGCUUCUGAAUACUUAUGUAAAUGUGAUAUUUCAGAUUUGUAUUUUUUAUAAAUUUGCAAAAAUAUCUAAAUCUGUUUUUGCUUUGUCAUUAUGGGGUAGUGUGUGUAGAUUGAUGAGGGGGGAUUUAAAAAAAAAAAAUCAAUUUUAGAAUAAGGCUGUAAUUUAACAAAAUCAGGAAGAAGUCAAGGGGUCUUAAUACUUUCCGAAUGCACUGUAAAUGGACAUGUCAUAUUUACGGUGAUGGAUUUUGUGAUCAUAACUGCUUUUAGGGUUGAGUUGACCAUGUGUUUGUGUUUUAGGAACGGUUACAACCUUUUCUGUAAGGAGCAGAAAGCCAUCAUACAGGGAGAGGGAGUCCCUAACACCCAGUAUAUGGUAAUUUGCUCCCAGCGCUGGAAAACAAUGACAAAGAGUAAAAAGGAAGCCUACCAAAGACGCUGUGACAAGGUUAAUUGGAGAACAUGCAUGCUCAUUUUUAUAAAUGUAGAGAAGUUCAGUAAAAGUUACACACACUCAAAUACACUAUUCUUCAUCUGUUAAACUCGUUUUGGUAUUUAUUUUCAUGUUUGGGGGCAAGUCCGUUGAGAAGCUGCUCUUUUAAUGUCUUGUUGUGUAGACAGACACAUGAAUGGUCUGACCUCCAAUUCAACUUUUUCUGUGUUCAUUUUUCAGUUGAAGAAAGAAUACGAGGUCAACAUGAACCGAUUUUUGUGUGUAAGUUUUCUCUUUAUUUCAAAAACUGUCUGCUUGUGUGACCACAUUAUUUACAGAAACAUUUGUAAUGGCUGAUUAGCAUGUUAGAUGAACACUUAAGCUGAGGAUACACUUUUGAGGCAAUAUUUCCGAGAAAUGUUGCUGGUAACAGAGUGGGGUAUGAGACACUGGCGCAAUAAUGAGCAAUGAGCAAUAUGGACAUGAAUAAUAAAUAUAUUAUUAUAUUUCAUAUGAAGUAUAUAUGAACUUCAAACUGAUUUUCCCCAUUUAUUUACUCACCACCUAUAGCUUGUUGUUGCCUUUUGACUGACAUAUAUGUACUGUAAUUGAUCCGCUAACAAACAAGCAACAAAGAGUUGUUGCCCCUGCCCUGGGCAUCCACUCAACCUACUGCCAGUCAAGUCAGUGGCAAUGCAGACGUAAGGAUAACUAGGCCUAGAUUUAGAAAACAUUUUACUUUACAAUUCUAAGCAAGGAAGUGUAAAUGGUAUUCAUCCAGCUAGCCAGUUAUUUUAACAUUCAGAAAACAACAUAUAAAAUCUACAUGCCUAGCUAGCUAGCGAAUUAGCCUGUUUGUCCCAUUGACUUAGCAUGGGUUUAGGUUAGCAUGGUAUCGAUUAGCAUGCACACCAGCGUGGUUAAACAUGACAAACUAAACGCAGUAUGUACAGUGCAUUUGGAAAGUAUUCAGACCCCUUGACUUUUUUCACAUUUUGUUACGUUACAGCCUUAUUCUAAAAUUGAUUAACUUAUUUUUUUCCCCUCAAUCUACACACAAUACCCCAUAAUGAUAAAGCGAAAACAGUUUUUUAGACAUUUUUGCAAAUAUAUUAAUAAAAAACAUACUUUAUUUACAUAAGUAUUCAGACCCUUUGCUAUGAGACUCGAAAUUGAGCUCCGGUGCAUCCUGUUUCCAUUGAUCAUCCUUGGGAUGUUUCUACAACUUGGUUGAAGUCCACCUGUGGUAAAUUCAAUUGAUUGGACAUGAUUUGGAAAGGCACACCUGUCUAUAUAAGGUCCCACAGUUGACAGUGCAUGUCAGAGCAAAAACCAAGCCAUGAGGUCGAAGGAAUUGUCUGUAGAGCGUUGAGACAGGAUUGUGUCGAGGUGCAGAUCUGGGGAAGGGCACCACAACAGGACAACGACCCUAAGGACACAGCCAAGACAACGCAGGAGUGGCUUCGGGACAAGUCUCUGAAUGUCCUUGAGUGGCCCAGCCAGAGCCCGGACUUGAACCCGAUCUAACAUCUCUGGAGAGACCUGAAAAUAGCUGUGCAGCGAUGCUCCCCAUCCAACCUGACAGAGGUUGAGAGGAUCUGCAGAGAUUAAUGUGAGAAACUCCCCAAAUACAGGUGGGCCAAGUUUGUAGCGUCAUACCCAAGAGAACUCGAGACUGUAAUUGCUGCCAAAGGUGCUUCAACAAAGUACUGAGUAAAAGGUCUGAAUACUCACGUAAAUGUGAUAUUUCCGUUUUUUUUUAUACAUUUGCAAAAAUGUCAACCUGUUUUUGCUUCGUCAUUCUAGGGUAUCGUGUAGAUUUAUGAUAUUUUAAAAUAUUUUUUUAUCAAUUUUAGAAUAACGCUGUAACAUAACAAAAUGUGGAAAAAGUGAAGGGGUCUAAAUACUUUACAAAUGCACUGUAUGUAUUAACGUAUCAUGAAUAUUGUAGUGAGGAAACAUUUGAGAUGUGAAUGGCCAACAUUUUCUCUCACUUGAGCUCAAAAACGUCUGCUAUGUUUUCCAAAAUAUUUUAGAACGGCAGAUUGAUCACAUGACCAAUACAGUGGGGAAAAAAAGUAUUUAGUCAGCCACCAAUUGUGCAAGUUCUCCCACUUAAAAAGAUGAGAGAGGCCUGUAAUUUUCAUCAUAGGUACACGUCAACUAUGACAGACAAAAUGAGAAAAAAUUAUCCAGAAAAUCACAUUGUAGGAUUUUUAAUGAAUUUAUUGGCAAAUGAUGGUGGAAAAUAAGUAUUUGGUCAAUAACAAAAGUUUCUCAAUACUUUGUUAUAUACCCUUUGUUGGCAAUGACACAGGUCAAACGUUUUCUGUAAGUCUUCACAAGGUUUUCACACACUGUUUCUGGUAUUUUGGCCCAUUCCUCCAUGCAGAUCUCCUCUAGAGCAGUGAUGUUUUGGGGCUGUCGCUGGGCAACACAGACUUUCAACUCCCUCCAAAGAUUAUCUAUGGGGUUGAGAUCUGGAGACUGGCUAGGCCACUCCAGGACCUUGAAAUGCUUCUUACGAAGCCACUCCUUCGUUGCCCGGGCGGUGUGUUUGGGAUCAUUGUCAUGCUGAAAGACUCAGCCACGUUUCAUCUUCAAUGCCCUUGCUGAUGGAAGGAGGUUUUCACUCAAAAUCUCACGAUACAUGGCCCCAUUCAUUCUUACCUUUACAGGGAUCAGUCGUCCUGGUCCCUUUGCAGAAAAACAGCCCCAAAGCAUGAUGUUUCCACCCCCAUGCUUCACAGUAGGUAUGGUGUUCUUUGGAUGCAACUCAGCAUUCUUUGUCCUCCAAACAUGACGAGUUGAGUUUUUACCAAAAAGUUAUAUUUUGGUUUCAUCUGACCAUAUGACAUUCUCCCAAUCCUCUUCUGGAUCAUCCAAAUGCACUUCAGACGGGCCUGGACAUGUACUGGCUUAAGCAGGGGGACACGUCUUGCACUGCAGGAUUUGAGUCCCUGGCGGCGUAGUGUGUUACUGAUGGUAGGCUUUGUUACUUUGGUCCCAGCUCUCUGCAGGUCAUUCACUAGGUCCCCCCGUGUGGUUCUGGGAUUUUUGCUCACCGUUCUUGUGAUCAUUUUGACCCCACGGGGUGAGAUCUUGCGUGGAGCCCCAGAUCGAGGGAGAUUAUCAGUGGUCUUGUAUGUCUUCCAUUUCCUAAUAAUUGCUCCCACAGUUGAUUUCUUCAAACCAAGCUGCUUACCUAUUGCAGAUUCAGUCUUCCCAGCCUGGUGCAGGUCUACAAUUUUGUUUCUGGUGUCCUUUGACAGCUCUUUGGUCUUGGCCAUUGUGGAGUUUGGAGUGUGACUGUUUGAGGUUGUGGACAGGUGUCUUUUAUACUGAUAACAAGUUCAAACAGGUGCCAUUAAUACAGGUAACGAGUGGAGGACAGAGGAGCCUCUUAAAGAAGAAGUUACAGGUCUGUGAGAGCCAGAAAUCUUGCUUGUUUGUAGGUGACCAAAUACUUAUUUUCCACCAUAAUUUGCAAAUAAAUUCAUAAAAAAUCCUACGAUGUGAUUUUCUGGAUUUUUUUUCCUCAAUUUGUCUGUCAUAGUUGACGUGUACCUAUGAUGAAAAUUACAGGCCUCUCUCAUCUUUUUAAGUGGGAGAACUUGCACAAUUGGUGGCUGACUAAAUACUUUUUUUCCCCACUGUAUCUACACUCUGAUUGGAGGAUUCCUAAACAUUGCUCAGCAAUAUUGCCCCCCAAAAUUACCAAUGUAUCGUGGCCUUUAGUCAUAAUGUGGUCAUAAUGCUGUCAGAAACAUGGGGCUUGUGUGUGUCCAAUCAGACUGUGACAGAUAAGGAGCAGCAGAGCAUCCUAGUGGAGAACAGGAAAAGCGUGCAGACCUCAACGUUGGCUGCCCAAAAGGGGACGAAAAUUAAGUUUCAAGGCGAGCCCAAGAAACCACCUGAGUGAGUAUCCCUGGCUGUGGCCCAACUGUUCUCCUUAUAAGGGAUCUGAGUUUGUUAAAGUACUUCUGAACGUUGGUUAACCCAUACAAUUAUUGGGAGGAUAUUUAUUUAUGUAUACUAUUCCGUUAGUCAGCACCUCUCCAACAUUAUUGGGUGUGUACCCACUCAUUUACAUUUUACAUUUUAGUCAUUUAGCAGACGCUCUUAUCCAGAGUGACUUACAGUUAGUGAGUGCAUACAUUAUUUUAUUUUUCAUACUGGCCCCCCUUGGGAAUCAAACCCACAACCCUGGCGUUGCAAACGCCAUGCUCUACCAACUGAGCUACAUCCCUGCCGACCAUUCCCUCCCCUACCCUGGACGACGCUGGGCCAAUUGUGUGCCGCCCCAUGGGUCUCCUGGUCGCGGCCGCCUACGACAGAGCCUGGAUUCGAACCAGGAUCUCUAGUGGCACAGCUAGUACUGCGAUGCAGUGCCUUAGACCACUGCGCCACUCGUGCCUUUUACAGAACUAUUGCAUGAGUGCCGAUUCAUUUUCCCAUAUAGGUCAAAGUUGAUUACGUUUUCAAUAUACAGUGUAUUCAGACCCCUUGACUUUUUUACACAUUUUGUUACGUUACAGCCUUAUUCUAAAAAUUAUUAAACAAUUAUUAUUAGAAUUUUUCCCCCUCAUCAAUCUACACACAAUACCCCCCCCCCCCCCCCCCCAUAAUGACAAAGCGAAAACAGGUUUUUAGAAAUGUUUGCUAGUUUAUAAAAAAUUUAAAAAAGAAAUAUCUUAUUUACUUACAGUUGAAGUUGGAAGUUUACAUACACUUACAGUGAGGGAAAAAAGUAUUUGAUCCCUUGCUGAUUUUGUACGUUUGCCCACUGACAAAGACAUGAUCAGUCUAUCAUUUUAAUGGUAGGUUUAUUUGAACAGUGAGAGACAGAAUAACAACAAAAAAAUCCAGAAAAAUGCAUGUCAAAAAUGUUAUAAAUUGAUUUGCAUUUUAAUGAGGGAAAUAAGUAUUUGACCCCUCUGCAAAACAUGAUUUACUUGGUGGCAAAACCCUUGUUGGCAAUCACAGAGGUCAGACGUUUCUUGUAGGUUGCCACCAAGUUUGCACACAUCUCAGGAGGGAUUUUGUCCCACUCCUCUUUGCAGAUCUUCUCCAAGUCAUUAAGGUUUCGAGGCUGACGUUUGGCAACUCAAACCUUCAGCUCCCUCCACAGAUUUUCUAUGGGAUUAAGGUCUGGAGACUGGCUAGGCCACUCCAGGACCUUAAUGUGCUUCUUCUUGAGCCACUCCUUUGUUGCCUUGGCCGUGUGUUUUGGGUCAUUGUCAUGCUGGAAUACCCAUCCACGACCUAUUUUCAAUGCCCUAGCUGAGGGAAGGAGGUUCUCACCCAAGAUUUGACGGUACAUGGCCCCGUCCAUUGUCCCUUUGAUGUGGUGAAGUUGUCCUGUCCCCUUAGCAGAAAAAAACCACCAAAGCAUAAUGUUUCCACCUCCAUGUUUGACGGUGGGGAUGGUGUUCUUGGGGUCAUAGGCAGCAUUCCUCCUCCUCCAAACACGGUGAGUUGAGUUGAUGCCAAAGAGCUCCAUUUUGGUCUCAUCUGACCACAACACUUUCACCCAGUUCUCCUCUGAAUCAUUCAGAUGUUCAUUGGCAAACUUCAGACGGGCCUGUAUACGUGCUUUCUUGAGCAGGAGGAGCUUGCGGACGCUGCAGGAUUUCAGUCCUUCACGGCGUAGUGUGUUACCAAUUGUUUUCUUGGUGACUAUGGUCCCAGCUGCCUUGAGAUCAUUCACAAGAUCCUCCCGUGUAGUUCUGGGCUGAUUCCUCACCGUUCUCAUGAUCAUUGCAACUCCACGAGGUGAGAUCUUGCAUGGAGCCCCAGGCCGAGGGAGAUUGAUAGUUAUUUUUUGUUUCUUCUAUUUGCGAAUAAUCGCACCAACUGUUGUCACCUUCUCACCAAGCUGCUUGGCGAUGGUCUUGUAGCCCAUUCCAGCCUUGUGUAGGUCUACAAUCUUGUUCGUGACAUCCUUGGAGAGCUCUUUGGUCUUGGCCAUGGUGGAGAGUUUGGAAUCUGAUUGAUUGAUUGCUUCUGUGGACAGGUGUCUUUUAUACAGGUAACAAACUGAGAUUAGGAGCACUCCCUUUAAGAGUGUGCUCCUAAUCUCAGCUUGUUACCUGUAUAAAAGACACCUGGGAGCCAGAAAUCUUUCUGAUUGAGAGGGGGUCAAAUACUUAUUUCCCUCAUUAAAAUGCAAAUCAAUUUUUGACAUGCAUUUUUCUGGAUUUUUGUUGUUGUUAUUCUGUCUCUCACUGUUCAAAUAAACCUACCAUUAAAAUUGUAGACUGAUCAUUUAUUUGUCAGUGGGCAAAUGUACAAAAUCAGGAGGGGAUCAAAUACUUAUUUCCCUCACUGUAGGUUGGAGUCAAUAAAACUCAUUUUUCAACCACUCCACACAUUUCUUGUUAACAAACUAUCGUUUUGGCAAGUCGGUUAGGACAUCUACUUUGUGCAUGACACAAGUAGUUUUUCCAACAAUUGUUUACAGACAGAUUAUUUCACUUAUAAUUUACUGUAUCAUAAUUCCAGUGGGUCAGACGUUUACAUACACUGAGUUGACUGUGCCUUUAAACAGCUUGGAAAAUUCCAGAAAAUGAUGUCAUGGCUUUAGAAGCUUCUGAUAGGCUAAUUGACAUAAUUUGAGUCAAUUGGAGGUGUACCUGUGGAUGUAUUUCAAGGCCUACCUUAAAAUCCAGUGCCUUUUUGCUUGACAUCAUGGGAAAAUCAAAAGAAAUCAGCCAAGACCUCAGAAAAUAAUUGUAGACCUCCACCUCUGGUUCAUCCUUGGGAGCAAUUUCCAAACGCCUGAACGUACAACGUUCAUCUGUACAAACAAUAGUAUGCAAGUAUAAACACCAUGGGACCACGCAGCCGUCAUACCGCUCAGGAAGGAGACGCGUUCUGUCUCCUAGAGAUGAACGUACUUUGGUGCGAAAAGUGCAAAUCAAUCCCAGAACAACAGCAAAGGACCUUGUGAAGAUGCUGGAGGAAACAGGUACAAAAGUAUCUAUAUCCACAGUAAAACGAGUCCUAUAUCGACAUAACCUGAAAGGCCGCUCAGCAAGGAAGAAGCCACUGUUCCAAAACCGCCAUAAAAAAGACAGACUACGGUUUGCAACUGCACAUGGGGACAAAGAUUAUACUUUUUGGAGAAAUGUCCUCUGGUCUGAUGAAACAAAAAUAUAACUGUUUGGCCAUAAUGACCAUCGUUAUGUUUGGAGGAAAAAGAUGGGCCUUGCAAGCCGAAGAACACCAUCCCAACCGUGAAGAACGGGGGUAGCAGCAUUAUUCUGUGGGGGUGCUUUGCUGCAGGAGGGACUGGUGCACAUCACAAAAUAGAUGGCAUCAUAGCAACAUCUCAAGACAUCAGUCAGGAAGUUAAAGCUUGGUCGCAAACAGGUCUUCCAAAUGGACAAUGACCCCAAGCAUACUUCCAAAGUUGUGGCAAAAUGGCUUAAGGACAAUAAAGUCAAGGUAUUGGAGUGGCCAUCACAAAUCCCUGACCUCAAUCCUAUAGAAAAUGUGUGGGCAGAACUGAAAAAGUGAGGCCUCAUGGCUUGGUUUAGCUCUGACAUGCACUGUCAACUGUGGGACCUUAUAUAGACAGGUGUGCCUUUCCAAAUCAUGUCCAAUCAAUUGAAUUUACCACAGGUGGACUUCAACCAAGUUGUAGAAACAUCCCAAGGAUGAUCAAUGGAAACAGGAUGCACCUGAGCUCAAUUGAGAGUCUCAUAGCAAAAGGACUGAAUACUUACAGUUGAAGUCGGAAGUUUACAUACACCUUAGCCAAAUACAUUUAAACUCAGUUUAUCACAAUUCCUGACAUUUAAUCCUAGUAAGAAAUCCAUGUCUUAUGUCAGUUAGGAUCACCACUUUAUUUUAAGAAUGUGAAAUGUCAGAAUAAUAGUAGAGAGACUGAUUUAUUUCAGCUUUUAUUUCUUUCAUUAUAUUCCCAGUGGGUCAGAAGUUUACAUACACUCAAUUAGUAUUUGGUAGCAUUGCCUUUACAUUGUUUAACUUGGGUCAAAUGUUUCAGGUAGCCUUCCACAAGCUUCCCACAAUAAGUUGGGUGAAUUUUGGCCCAUUCCUCCUGACAGAGCUGGUGUAACUGAGUCAGGUUUGUAGGUCUGUCACACCCUGGCCUUGAGAGGCCUGUUGUCUUUAGUUGGUUUGGUCAGGGCGUGAGAAUCUAUGCUGGAAAUUCUAUGUUUGUGAUCUAGGUAGUGUAUUUCUAUGUUGGGCCGGGUGUGAUUCCCAAUCAGAGACAGCUGUCGCUCGUUGUCUCUGAUUGGGGAUCAUACUUAAGUAGCCUGUUUGCCUACCUUAAUUGUGGGAUCUUGUUCCGUGUUAGGCUUGCAUGUGUUUAGCUUGAGGACUUCACGUUACGUUGUUUCUUGUUUUGUUUAAUGUUUAUUUUGUUUAAUAAACAUGUUCAAAUACCACGCUGCACCUUGGUCUGACCCGUCUCUCAACGAUCGUGACAAGGUCGAAGGAAUUGUCCACAGAGCUCCGAAACAGGAUUGUGUCGAGGCACAGAUCUGGGGAAGGGUACCAAAAAAUGUCUCUAGCAUUGAAGGUCACCAAGAACACAGUGGCCUCCAUCAUUCUUAAAUGGAAGAAGUUUGGAACCACCAAGACUCUUCCUAGACCAGGCUGCCCGGCCAAACUGAGCAAUUGGGGAGAAGGGCCUUGGUCAGGGAGGUGACCAAGAACUCGAUGUUCACUCUGACAGAGCUCUAGAGUUCCUCUCUGGAGAUGGGAGAACCUUCUAGAAGGACAACCAUCUCUGCAGCACUCCACCAAUCAGGCCUUUAUGGUAGAUUGGCCAGACGGAGGCCACUCCUCAGCAAAAGGCACAUGACAGCCCGCUUGGAGUUUGGCAAAAGGCAUCUAAAGGACUCUGACCAUGAGAAACAAGAUUCUCUGGUCUGAUGAAACCAAGAUUGAACUCUUUGGCCUGAAUGCCAAGCGUCACGUCUGGAGGAAACCUGGCACCAUCCCUACGGUGAAGCAUGGUGGUGGCAGCAGCAUGCUGUGGGGAUGUUUUUCAGCGUUAGGGACUGGGAGACUAGUCAGGAUCAAGGGAAAGAUGAACGGAGCAAAGUACAGAGAGAUCCUUGAUGAAAACCUGCUCCAGAGCGCUCAGAACCUCAGACUGGGGCGAAGGUUCACCCUAAGCACACAGCCAAGACAACGCAGGAGUGGUUUCGGGACAAGUCUCUAAAUGUCCUUGAGUGGCCCAGUAAGAGCCCGGACUUGAACCCGAUCUAACAUCUCUGGAGAGACCUGAAAAUGGCUGUGCAGCGAUGCUGCCCAUCCAACCUGACAGAGCUUGAGAGGAUCUGCCGAGAAGAAUGGGAGAAACUCCCCAAAUACAGGUGUGCCAAGCUUGUAGCGUCAUACCCAAUAAGGCUCAAGGCUGUAAUCGCUGCCAAAGGUGCUUCAACAAAGUACUGAGUAAAGCUUCUGAAUACUUAUGUAAAUGUGAUAUUUCAGAUUUGUAUUUUUUAUAAAUUUGCAAAAAUAUCUAAAUCUGUUUUUGCUUUGUCAUUAUGGGGUAGUGUGUGUAGAUUGAUGAGGGGGGAUUUAAAAAAAAAAAAUCAAUUUUAGAAUAAGGCUGUAAUUUAACAAAAUCAGGAAGAAGUCAAGGGGUCUUAAUACUUUCCGAAUGCACUGUAAAUGGACAUGUCAUAUUUACGGUGAUGGAUUUUGUGAUCAUAACUGCUUUUAGGGUUGAGUUGACCAUGUGUUUGUGUUUUAGGAACGGUUACAACCUUUUCUGUAAGGAGCAGAAAGCCAUCAUACAGGGAGAGGGAGUCCCUAACACCCAGUAUAUGGUAAUUUGCUCCCAGCGCUGGAAAACAAUGACAAAGAGUAAAAAGGAAGCCUACCAAAGACGCUGUGACAAGGUUAAUUGGAGAACAUGCAUGCUCAUUUUUAUAAAUGUAGAGAAGUUCAGUAAAAGUUACACACACUCAAAUACACUAUUCUUCAUCUGUUAAACUCGUUUUGGUAUUUAUUUUCAUGUUUGGGGGCAAGUCCGUUGAGAAGCUGCUCUUUUAAUGUCUUGUUGUGUAGACAGACACAUGAAUGGUCUGACCUCCAAUUCAACUUUUUCUGUGUUCAUUUUUCAGUUGAAGAAAGAAUACGAGGUCAACAUGAACCGAUUUUUGUGUGUAAGUUUUCUCUUUAUUUCAAAAACUGUCUGCUUGUGUGACCACAUUAUUUACAGAAACAUUUGUAAUGGCUGAUUAGCAUGUUAGAUGAACACUUAAGCUGAGGAUACACUUUUGAGGCAAUAUUUCCGAGAAAUGUUGCUGGUAACAGAGUGGGGUAUGAGACACUGGCGCAAUAAUGAGCAAUGAGCAAUAUGGACAUGAAUAAUAAAUAUAUUAUUAUAUUUCAUAUGAAGUAUAUAUGAACUUCAAACUGAUUUUCCCCAUUUAUUUACUCACCACCUAUAGCUUGUUGUUGCCUUUUGACUGACAUACAGUGGGGAGAACAAGUAUUUGAUACACUGCCGAUUUUGCAGGUUUUCCUACUUACAAAGCAUGUAGAGGUCUGUAAUUUUUAUCAUAGGUACACUUCAACUGUGAGAGACGGAAUCUAAAACAAAAAUCCAGAAAAUCACAUUGUAUGAUUUUUAAGUAAUUAAUUUGCAUUUUAUUGCAUGACAUAAGUAUUUGAUACAUCAGAAAAGCAGAACUUAAUAUUUGGUACAGAAACCUUUGUUUGCAAUUACAGAGAUCAUAUGUUUCCUGUAGGUCUUGACCAGGUUUGCACACACUGCAACAGGGAUUUUGGUCCACUCCUCCAUACAGACCUUCUCCAGAUCCUUCAGGUUUCGGGGCUGUCGCUGGGCAAUACGGACUUUCAGCUCCCUCCAAAGAUUUUCUAUUGGGUUCAGGUCUGGAGACUGGCUAGGCCACUCCAGGACCUUGAGAUGCUUCUUACGGAGCCACUCAUUAGUUGCCCUGGCUGUGUGUUUCGGGUCGUUGUCAUGCUGGAAGACCCAGCCACGACCCAUCUUCAAUGCUCUUACUGAGGGAAGGAGGUUGUUGGCCAAGAUCUGGCGAUACAUGGCCCCAUCCAUCCUCCCCUCAAUACGGUACAGUCGUCCUGUCCCCUUUGCAGAAAAGCAUCCCCAAAGAAUGAUGUUUCCACCUCCAUGCUUCACGGUUGGGAUGGUGUUCUUGGGGUUGUACUCAUCCUUCUUCUUCUUUCAAACACGGCGAGUGGAGUUUAGACCAAAAAGCUAUAUUUUUGUCUCAUCAGACCACAUGACCUUCUCCCAUUCCUCCUCUGGAUCAUCCAGAUGGUCAUUGGCAAACUUCAGACGGGCCUGGACAUGCGCUGGCUUGAGCAGGGGGACCUUGCGUGCGCUGCAGGAUUUUAAUCCAUGACGGCGUAGUGUGUUACUAAUGGUUUUCUUUGAGACUGUGGUCCCAGCUCUCUUCAGGUCAUUGACCAGGUCCUGCCGUGUAGUUCUGGGCUGAUCCCUCACCUUCCUCAUGAUCAUUGAUGCCCCACGAGGUGAGAUCUUGCAUGGAGCCCCAGACCGAGGGUGAUUGACCGUCAUCUUGAACUUCUUCCAUUUUCUAAUAAUUGCGCCAACAGUUGUUGCCUUCUCACCAAGCUGCUUGCCUAUUGUCCUGUAGCCCAUCCCAGCCUUGUGCAGGUCUACAAUUUUAUCCCUGAUGUCCUUAUACACAGCUCUCUGGUCUUGGCCAUUGUGGAGAGGUUGGAGUCUGUUUGAUUGAGUGUGUGGACAUGUGUCUUUUAUACAGGCAACGAGUUCAAACAGGUGCAGUUAAUACAGGUAAUGAAUGGAGAACAGGAGGGCUUCUUAAAGAAAAAUUAACAGGUCUGUGAGAGCCGGAAUUCUUACUGGUUUGUAGGUGAUCAAAUACUUAUGUCAUGCAAUAAAAUGCAAAUGAAUUACUUAAAAUUCAUACAAUGUGAUUUUCUGGAUUUUUGUUUUAGAUUCCGUCUCUCACAGUUGAAAUGUACCUAUGAUAAAAAUUACAGACCUCUACAUGCUUUGUAAGUAGGAAAACCUGCAAAAUCGGCAGUGUAUCAAAUACUUGUUCUCCCCACUGUAUAUGUACUGUAAUUGAUCAGCUAACAAACAAGCAACAAAGAGUUGUUGCCCCUGCCCUGGGCAUCCACUCAACCUACUGCCAGUCAAGUCAAUGGCAAUGCAGACGUAAGGAUAACUAGGCCUAGAUUUAGAAAACAUUUUACUUUACAAUUCUAAGCAAGGAAGUGUAAAUGGUAUUCAUCCAGCUAGCCAGUUAUUUUAACAUUCAGAAAACAACAUAUAAAAUCUACAUGGCUAGCUAGCUAGCGAAUUAGCCUGUUUGUCCCAUUGACUUAGCAUGGGUUUAGGUUAGCAUGGUAUCGAUUAGCAUGCACCCCAGCGUGGUUAAACAUGACAAACUAAACGCAGUAUGUACAGUGCAUUUGGAAAGUAUUCAGACCCCUUGACUUUUUUCACAUUUUGUUACGUUACAGCCUUAUUCUAAAAUUGAUUAACUUAUUUUUUUUCCAUCAUCAAUCUACACACAAUACCCCAUAAUGACAAAGCGAAAACAGUUUUUUAGACAUUUUUGCAAAUAUAUUAAUAAAAAACAUACUUUAUUUACAUAAGUAUUCAGACCCUUUGCUAUGAGACUCGAAAUUGAGCUCCGGUGCAUCCUGUUUCCAUUGAUCAUCCUUGGGAUGUUUCUACAACUUGGUUGAAGUCCACCUGUGGUAAAUUCAAUUGAUUGGACAUGAUUUGGAAAUGCACACCUGUCUAUAUAAGGUCCCACAGUUGACAGUGCAUGUCAGAGCAAAAACCAAGCCAUGAGGUCGAAGGAAUUGUCUGUAGAGCGUUGAGACAGGAUUGUGUCGAGGCGCAGAUCUGGGGAAGGGCACCACAACAGGACAACGACCCUAAGGACACAGCCAAGACAACGCAGGAGUGGCUUCAGGACAAGUCUCUGAAUGUCCUUGAGUGGCCCAGCCAGAGCCCGGACUUGAACCCGAUCUAACAUCUCUGGAGAGACCUGAAAAUAGCUGUGCAGCGAUGCUCCCCAUCCAACCUGACAGAGGUUGAGAGGAUCUGCAGAGAUGGAGUGAGGAAACAUUUGAGAUGUGAAUGGCCAACAUUUUCUCUCACUUGAGCUCAAAAACGUCUGCUAUGUUUUUCAAAAUAUUUUAGAAUGGCAGAUUGAUCACAUGACCAAUAUCUACACUCUGAUUGGAGGAUUCCUAAACAUUGCUCAGCAAUAUUGCCCCCCAAAAUUACCAAUGUAUCGUGGCCUUUAGUCAUAAUGUGGUCAUAAUGCUGUCAGAAACAUGGGGCUUGUGUGUGUCCAAUCAGACUGUGACAGAUAAGGAGCAGCAGCGCAUCCUAGUGGAGAACAGGAAAAGCGUGCAGACCUCAACGUUGGCUGCCCAAAAGGGGAUGAAAAUUAAGUUUCAAGGCGAGCCCAAGAAACCACCUGAGUGAGUAUCCCUGGCUGUGGCCCAACUGUUCUCCUUAUAAGGGAUCUGAGUUUGUUAAAGUACUUCUGAAAUACUUACUUCUUAUAGUUUUGUGCAGUGCAGAUGUAUCAUAAUAAUAAUUUUAUCUGCCAUUCAAAAUGUAUGCAGUCAUUAUUCCCCCCAUUCCCCAGUUUCAGCAUUGAGUGUGACCCCAACCUCUAGCUUUGGAAACCCUUCCCCACCUCACUGAACCUCCCCCCUUCCUGAACAGGUGGGGUCACACAAUGUUCUACAGCGAGAAGAUGGCGGAGCUGAGAGCCGAGUCGAGCCACCUCAGCUCCAGGAAGUGCAUGGCCGUGGUCAGCCCACUGUGGAAGAAGCUGUCCCAGAAGGAAAAGGAGUGCUACCAGAGAAUGGCCCAGGAGAGGACCAGGGAGUACCAAGUAGAGCUACACAGCUGGUUUAAUGUAAAGUCCAUUCACUCUCUGGUUGUUUCCCACCUGGCACCCUAAUCCCUAUAUAGUGUCUACUUUUGACCAGGGCCCGUAGAGCUCUGGUCAAAAGUAGUGCACUUAGGAAUAGGAUGCCAUUUCGGACGAACCCUCUUUCUUUUAGAUUAAAUAUGACCACUGUUAUGAUUUGAGGUCUAUCUGUAAGUUUCUACUGUUAACUGGUGAUCUUACUAUUUACAUUUUUCAGACCAUGUUCCCAAAGGAACAGGCAAAGUACUUGGAGCAAAACCCAAAUGUAAGUAGAGAUAAAACCAAGAGGAAAUUGAUGUGUGUGUAUAUAGAGGUGUGUGUGUGUAUAUAAGGCCCUAUAAAAUGUUAGAUUUUUCCCCAAAUUCCGUUUUCUCCGUUUAGUUUUUUCAGGUUGACAUUUCCCCCUGUUUUCAUUCAGGUUUUCGCUCUCAAAAUCACACUUUUUUUAAUAGAAAAAUAACUACAUUGGAUGUUGUAAGUCUACAACAAUGCUUAAACCACAUCAGGCGACCACUUUUAGGUCUGGAAGGAAUUUAGAUGUUAGGGUGUAGUUAGUUAACCUCUAAUUCCAGUGCGGACCUAGCAAGAAGCUGUUGUUUAGCUGUGUUUUUGUAGCACACGUGAUGGUAGAGUUUGCAAAACAAAUACCCUCUGGAUUGAUGCAAAUAAUCAUGAUAUCAUUCUGCCAGGUAAGCAUAGACUACUUUGUAGUUAACAUUUAGUUGAGUUUUUGGGAAAGCCUUUCCAUCUACCAGAUGUCUUUUCAUUAGCAUUUCCACUAACGGCUACACAAAGUGGUAGGCGCGCACACCUCGCAUACACAGACGGGGAAUUCUCUUUGCCUCUUGAGAAAGUUGCAGGAAAUACGAAUCACUGAUGCAUUCUGUUCAUGUCUUAUGAUAAACUUGGAAGUUAAUUAAUUUUCAAUACAUUUAGUUGAUUCCCUACUAAGUUCAAUACAUUUUGGAAUAUUCUUGAAUUCCGUUUUAAUGUCUGGAUUCCGUGAUCCUUGCGAGUUCCCGGCACCACAGAUUUUAUAGGGCCCUAUGUGUGUGUCUGUCUGGUUGCGAUUGGCGUGAGUUAUCUUUAGCGUUGAUGUUGUAUGUGUUAAUGUGUAUCUCUUCUUCAGAAAUUGAAAAUCCUCGACAACCCAGAGCAGGGAAGGAUGGCAAAGCAGGGCAGAACAUCAGUAAGUUAACACACCACACGUUGUCACCUCCACAACAACAACACAACGUGACGACAAAUUACACGUGCUGAUACAGUGCCUUCAGAAAGUAUUCACAACCCUUUACUUUUUCUACAUUUUGUUGUGUUAGAGCCGAAUUUAAAAUGGAUUAAAUUGAGACUUUUUGUCACUGGCCUACACACUAUACCCCUUAAUGUCAAUGGAAUAAUGUUUUUCAAAAUUCAUAAAAAAUUAAAAGCUGAAAUGUACAUUUACAUCAUUUAGCAGACGCUCUUAUCCAGAGUGAGUGCAUACAUAAUUUUAUUUUUAAUUUUUUCAUACUGGCCCCCCGUGGGAAUCGAACCCACAACCCUGGCGUUGCAAACACCAUGCUCUACCAACUGAGCUACAUCCCUUAAUGUCUUAAGUAGUAUUCAACUCCUUUGUUAUGGCAAGCCUAAAUAAGUUCAGGAGUAAAAAUUUGCUAAAUAAGUAAAAACGAAAAAGUCCGUUGUACAACUGAAUGCAUUCAACAUUUAACCCAACCCCUCUGAAUCAGAGAGGUGCGGGGGGCUCCCUUAAUCGACAUCCAUGUCAUCGGCGCCCGGGGAACAUUGGGUUAACUGCCUUGCUCAGGGGCAGAACGACAGAGUUUUACCUUGUCAGCUCGGGGAUUCGAUCCGGCAACCUAUCGGUUACUGACCCAACGCUCCUACCCGCCAGGCUACCUGCCACCCUUACAUAAGUUGCAUGGACUCACUCUGUGUGCAAUAAUAGUGUUUAACAGGAUUUUUGCAUGACUACCUCACCUCUUUAUCCCACACGUACAAUUAUCUGAAAAGUCACUCAGUUGAGCAGUGAAUUUCAAACGCAGAUUCAACCACAAAGACCAGGGAGGUUUUCCAAUGCUUUGCAAAGAAGGGCACCUACAGUUAGGGGGAAAAAAGUAUUUGAUCCCCUGCUGAUUUUGUAUGUUUGCCCACUGACAAAGAAAUGAUCAGUCUAUAAUUUUAAUGGUAGGUUUAUUUGAACAGUGAGAGACAGAAUAACAACAACAAAAUCCAGAAAAAUGCAUGUCAAAAAUGUUAUAAAUUGAUUUGCAUUUUAAUGAGGGAAAUAAGUAUUUGACCCCUCUGCAAAACAUGAUUUACUUGGUGGCAAAACCCUUGUUGGCAAUCACAGAGGUCAGACGUUUCUUGUAGGUUGCCACCAAGUUUGCACACAUCUCAGGAGGGAUUUUGUCCCACUCCUCUUUGCAGAUCUUCUCCAAGUCAUUAAGGUUUCGAGCCUGACGUUUGGCAACUCGAACCUUCAGCUCCCUCCACAGAUUUUCUAUGGGAUUAAGGUCUGGAGACUGGCUAGGCCACUCCAGGAACUUAAUGUGCUUCUUCUUGAGCCACUCCUUUGUUGCCUUGGCCGUGUGUUUUGGGUCAUUGUCAUGCUGGAAUACCCAUCCACGACCCAUUUUCAAUGCCCUGGCUGAGGGAAGGAGGUUCUCACCCAAGAUUUGACGGUACAUGGCCCCGUCCAUUGUCCCUUUGAUGCGGUGAAGUUGUCCUGUCCCCUUAGCAGAAAAACACCCCCAAAGCAUAAUGUUUCCACCUCCAUGUUUGACGGUGGGGAUGGUGUUCUUGGGUUCAUAGGCAGCAUUCCUCCUCCUCCAAACACGGCGAGUUGAGUUGAUGCCAAAGAGCUCGAUUUUGGUCUCAUCUGACCACAACACUUUCACCCAGUUCUCCUCUGAAUCAUUCAGAUGUUCAUUGGCAAACUUCAGACGGGCCUGUAUACAGUGGGGGAAAAAAGUAUUUAGUCAGCCACCAAUUGUGCAAGUUCUCCCACUUAAAAAGAUGAGAGAGGCCUGUAAUUUUCAUCAUAGGUACACGUCAACUAUGACAGACAAAAUGAGAAAAUGUUUUCCAGAAAAUCACAUUGUAGGAUUUUUAAUGAAUUUAUUUGCAAAUUAUGAUGGAAAAUAAGUAUUUGGUCAAUAACAAAAGUUUCUCAAUACUUUGUUAUAUACCCUUUGUUGCUAUACCUUAGCCACUCCUUUGUUGCCUUGGCCGUGUGUUUCAGGUCAUUGUCAUGCUGAAAGACCCAGCCACGUUUCAUCUUCAAUGCCCUUGCUGAUGGAAGGAGGUUUUCACUCAAAAUCUCACGAUACAUGGCCCCAUUCAUUCUUUCCUUUACACGGAUCAGUCGUCCUGGUCCCUUUGCAGAAAAACAGCCCCAAAGCAUGAUGUUUCCACCCCCAUGCUUCACAGUAGGUAUGGUGUUCUUUGGAUGCAACUCAGCAUUCUUUGUCCUCCAAACACGACGAGUUGAGUUUUUACCAAAAAGUUCUAUUUUGGUUUCAUCUGACCAUAUGACAUUCUCCCAAUCCUCUUCUGGAUCAUCCAAAUGCACUCUAGCAAACUUCAGACGAGCCUGGACAUGUACUGGCUUAAGCAGGGGGACACGUCUGGCACUGCAGGAUUUGAGUCCCUGGCGGCGUAGUGUUUUACUGAUGGUAGGCUUUGUUACUUUGGUCCCAGCUCUCUGCAGGUCAUUCACUAGGUCCCCCCGUGUGGUUCUGGGAUUUUUGCUCACCGUUCUUGUGAUCAUUUUGACCCCACGGGGUGAGAUCUUGCGUGGAGCCCCAGAUCGAGGGAGAUUAUCAGUGGUCUUGUAUGUCUUCCAUUUCCUAAUAAUUGCUCCCACAGUUGAUUUCUUCAAACCAAGCUGCUUACCUAUUGCAGAUUCAGUCUUCCCAGCCUGGUGCAGGUCUACAAUUUUGUUUCUGGUGUCCUUUGACAGCUCUUUGGUCUUGGCCAUAGUGGAGUUUGGAGUGUGACUGUUUGAGGUUGUGGACAGGUGUCUUUUAUACUGAUAACAAGUUCAAACAGGUGCCAUUAAUACAGGUAACGAGUGGAGGACAGAGGAGCCGCUUAAAGAAGUUGUUACAGGUCUGUGAGAGCCAGAAAUCUUGCUUGUUUGUAGGUGACCAAAUACUUAUUUUCCACCAUAAUUUGCAAAUAAAUUCAUAAAAAAUCCUACAAUGUGACAAAACAAUUUUUUUUUCUCAAUUUGUCUGUCAUAGUUGACGUGUACCUAUGAUGAAAAUUACAGGCCUCUCUCAUCUUUUUAAGUGGGAGAACUUGCACAAUUGGUGGCUGACUAAAUACUUUUUUUCCCCACUGUAUGUGCUUUUUUGAGAAGGGGGACCUUGCGGGCGCUGCAGGAUUUCAGUCCUUCACGGCGUAGUAUGUUACCAAUUGUUUUCUUGGUGACUAUGGUCCCAGCUGCCUUGAGAUCAUUGACAAGAUCCUCCCGUGUAGUUCUGGGCUGAUUCCUCACUGUUCUCAUGAUCAUUGCAACUCCAUGAGAUGAGAUCUUGCAUGGAGCCCCAGGCCGAGGAAGAUUUGACAGUUCUUUUGUGUUUCUUCCAUUUGCGAAUAAUCGCACCAAUUGUCACCUUCUCACCAAGCUGCUUGGCGAUGGUCUUGUAGUCCAUUCCAGCCUUGUGUAGGUCUACAAUCUUGUCCCUGACAUCCUUGGAGAGCUCUUUGGUCUUGGCCAUGGUGGAGAGUUUGGAAUCUGAUUGAUUGAUUGCUUCUGUGGACAGGUGUCUUUUAUACAGUUAACAAGCUGAGAUUAGGAGCACUCCCUUUAAGAGUGUGCUCCUAAUCUCAGCUUGUUACCUGUAUAAAAGACACCUGGGAGCCAGAAAUCUUUCUGAUUGAGAGGGGGUCAAAUACUUAUUUCCCUCAUUAAAAUGCAAAUCAAUUUAUAACAUUUUUGACAUGUGUUUUUCUGGAUUUUUGUUGUUGUUAUUCUGUCUCUCACUGUUCAAAUAAACCUACCAUUAAAAUUGUAGACUGAUCAUUUAUUUGUCAGUGGGCAAAUGUACAAAAUCAGCAGGCGAUCAAAUACUUUUUUCCCUCACUGUAUAGGUAGAUGGGAUGAUCAAUGUCAACAGGAUUUACCUAGCUCAAUUUCGAGUCUCAUAGCAAAGGGUCUGAAAACUUAUGUAAAUAAGGUAUUUCUGUUUUUCAUUUUUAAUACAUUUGCAAAAUUUUCAAAAAACCUGUUUUCACUUUGUCAGUAUGGGGUAUUGUGUGAAGAUUGCUGAGGAUUUUAUUUGAAUUUUUUAAUCCAUUUUAGAAUAAGGCUGUAACGUAACAAAAUGUGGAGAAAGUCAAGGGGUCGGAAUAAUUUCCAAAGGCACUGUAUGUAAAUGUGAUAUUUCAGUUUUUUAUUUUUAAUAAAGGUGCAAAAGUUUAUAGAAACCUAUUUUUGCUUUAUCAUUAUGGGAUAUUGUGUAUAUAUUUAUGAGGGGGGAAAACGAUUUAAUCAAUUUUAUAGAAUAAGGCUGUAACAUAACAACAUUUGGAGAAAGUCAAGGGGUCUGAAUACUUUCAGAAUGCGCUGUAUAUACACUGCUGAAAAAAAUAAAGGGAACACUUAAACAACACAAUGUAACUCCAAGUCAAUCACACUUCUGUGAAAUCAAACUGUCCACUUAGGAAGCAACACUGAUUGACAAUACAUUUCACAUGCUGUUGUGCAAAUGGAAUAGACAACAGGUGGAAAUUAUAGGCAAUUAGCAAGACACCCCCAAUAAAGGACUGGUUUUGCAGGUGGUGACCACAGACCACUUCUCAGUUCCUAUGCUUCCUGGCUGAUGUUUUGGUCACUUUUGAAUGCUGGCGGUGCUUUCACUCUAGUGGUAGCAUGAGAUGGAGUCUACAACCCACACAAGUGGCUCAGGUAGUGCAGCUCAUCCAGGAUGGCACAUCAAUGCGAGCUGUGGCAAGAAGGUUUGCUGUGUCUGUCAGCGUAGUGUCCAGAGCAUGGAGGCGCUACCAGGAGACAGGCCAGUACGUCAGGAGACGUGGAGGAGGCCGUAGGAGGGCAACAACCCAGCAGCAGGACUGCUACCUCCGCCUUUGUGCAAGGAGGAGCAGGAGGAGCAAUGCCAAAUGACCUCCAGCAGGCCACAAAUGUGUAUGUGUCUGCUCAAACGGUCAGAAACAGACUCCAUGAGGGUGGUAUGAGGGCCCGACGUCCACAGGUGGGGGUUGUGCUUACAGCCCAACACCGUGCAGGAUGUUUGGCAUUUGCCAGAGAACACCAAGAUUGGCAAAUUCGCCACUGGCGCCCUGUGCUCUUCACAGAUGAAAGCAGGUUCACACUGAGCACAUGUGACAGACGUGACAGAGUCUGGAGACGCCGUGGAGAACGUUCUGCAGCCUGCAACAUCCUCCAGCAUGACCGGUUUGGCGGUGGGUCAGUCAUGGUGUGGGGUGGCAUUUCUUUGGGGGGCCGCACAGCCCUCCAUGUGCUCGCCAGAGGUAGCCUGACUGCCAUUAGGUACCGAGAUGAGAUCCUCAGACCCCUUGUGAGACCAUAUGUUGGUGCGGUUUGCCCUGGGUUCCUCCUAAUGCAAGACAAUGCUAGACCUCAUGUGGCUGGAGUGUGUCAGCAGUUCCUGCAAGAGGAAGGCAUUGAUGCUAUGGACUGGCCCGCCCGUUCCCCAGACCUGAAUCCAAUUGAGCACAUCUGGGACAUAAUGUCUCGCUCCAUCCACCAACGCCACGUUGCACCACAGACUGUCUAGUAGUUGGCGGAUGCUUUAGUCCAGGUCUGGGAGGAGAUCCCUCAGGAGACCAUCCGCCACCUCAUCAGGAGCAUGCCCAGGCGUUGUAGGGAGGUCAUACAGGCACGUGGAGGCCACACACACUACUGAGCCUCAUUUUGACUUGUUUUAAGGACAUUACAUCAAAGUUGGAUCAGCCUGUAGUGUGGUUUUCCACUUUAAUUUUGAGGGUGACUCCAAAUCCAGACCUCCAUGGUUUGAUACAUUUGAUUUCCAUUGAUAAUUUUUGUGUGGUUUUGUUGUCAGCACAUUCAACUAUGUAAAGAAAAAAGUAUUUAAUAAGAUUAUUUCAUUCAUUCAGAUCUAGGAUGUGUUAUUUUAGUGUUCCCUUAAUUUUUUUGAGCAGUGUAGUUUCAAACAGUGUAUGCACAUCAAAUGACUUGCAGGUGCUGGGUACAAAAAGUAAACACAUGAAAUAAAGAUUAGAUACCUGCAUGCUGACCAAUACUCUAGUUGUUUCUUUGUACAAUAUCAGCCUGACAAAGACCUUCAGGUCGAAACAUUGCACAAUAAAGCGCCUAGAGCAUUUAUUGGGUAUUGUUUAUUUCAUAUUUGCAAUACUUACCAACAAUACUGCAACAAGUGCUCCUAUGGGGUGGAAUCCAAACUUGACAUGGGCUGUGUCCCAAAUGGCAUCGUAUUCCCUUUAAAGUGCACUACUUUUGACCAGGGCCUAUAGGGUUAGGCAUAAUCUGAAUGUAAGUGUUAAAUCCCUCACUGAUGUCCAAUUGGGGAUUUCAGCCAGUAUCAGCAUGUAUCUCUCUCAACCUAGGACUCCGAGGACGAAGACCUGGAGGACGACAUCGACACAUCCAGUGAUGAAGAGGAGGUAGAAGAUGACUCUGAUGAUGAGGUUAGAGUAGACACAUUUUUUAUUUCAUCAAGCCUUUAUUUUGGGAUAAUUCGCCAUGAUAAGUAUUAACACUGAUCUUAUGUAUCCUUAGGAGGAGGAUGAUGAUGAAGAUAUGACAGACAAGGAGAAUUGUUCAGGGAGCUCCAGUAGUAGCUCCAGUUCCGAAGAGGACUCCGAUACGGAAUGAUUCACGCUGUCCAUAACCUAAUGACUGAAUUAAUGUCAUGGGGUUAUGGACGGCAGGUAGCUUAGUGGUUAAGAGCGUUGUGCCAGUAACCGAAAGGUCGCUGGUUCUAAACCCCGAGCCGACUAGGUGAAAAAUCUGUCGAUGUGACCUUGAGCAAGGCACUUAACCCUAAUUGCUCCUGUAAGUCGCUCUGGAUACGAGCGUCUGCUAAAUGACUUAAAAAAUAAAUUUUAAAAAUGUCACUGACACUUGUGUCCCAAUAGACUCAGAUGUUUUUUUGACAUAACAUUCAGUAUCUUGUAUCAACAGGCCCCAACAAUGUUUACUGUUAUUAAUAAAAUCAGAAUUUUCCUGUGUGGUAGUUAUGUGAAAGGACCAUUUAUUCAUUGAUUUAUUCAUCAAUUUCCAUAAAAACAGAACUAACUUGUGAUAUAAUUUAGUGCGGCAGAUUAUGACAUUUCAUGUAAAGUUUGAGAUAAUCAUAUUGCUGUUUGAUCAGUAUCCUUAAUGAAGUGGACAAGAGGUAAGACAUUCAUUUGCCAGUUGAUAUUUUUUAAUGUAGUAUGACAUCCGUUCACAAAUUCAAUGGUUUUACCUGCGCCAGGUGUGCCAUCAGUUUUUUUCUUUUAGACUAUCUUUGAAGUUGUGCCUCAAUAUUUCUGUGAAAUACCUUUUGUUUAUACACUAAUACACAGGGCCGGAUUAAUGUAAGGGCUUACCGGGGCUGAAGCCCCUGGGCCCAGGCCCGUGGGUGGCCCAAGAGGCAGAAGACAAAAAAAUAAAGGAAAUCCAUACAGUAUAUAUGUAAUAUUAUUUUUUUACUGCAACCGCCAACCACAGGAGGAUUCAGGAGCCUGCUCUUAAUGAGUGUAGACAGCCUACUGCUGCCGCUCUGCUAAUCAUCAGAUGGGAGGAGAGAUGGUAGGGGGCACACGUGGGUAACUGGGGAGCCCUGCCAUGAUUCGGUAACUGAUUAAUAAAAAAUAAACUGCAUAGUAAAUAGAUGUGACUGGUCAGUUGUGUGAGUCAGGGGCUGGGCCCAAGAGGCAAAAAAACAUUUAUGUAAAUGUUUUAUCCAACCACAGGAUCCCGCUCUCAAUGUUCAAAAUACACCAGAGAGCAAUGCAUAAUUUAGGCACAGAGGAUCAAUAGUUUCAAAAACAUUACUUGAUGAAAGGUUAUCACAAGCACGUACAGGUAACUGUCAAAAUAAAGGAAAAACCAACAUAGUGUCUUAAAAGGGUGUAUGGCCACCACGAGCUGCCAGAACAGCUUUAAUGGCAGGAAAAUGCACCCCACCAUAAAAUGUAAUUUGUAUCCCUCAUUUAUUCAAGUGUUUCCUUUAUUUUGGCAGUUACCGGUUGCCUACAGUCGGGAAGACUGCAAUUUUGGCCAGCAUGAUUGCCAUACACUACCAGUCAAAAGUUUGGACACACCUACUCAUUCAAGGGUUUUCCUUUAUUUUUUACUAUUUUUUACAUUGUAGAAUAAUAGUGAAGACAUCAAAACUAUGAAAUAACACAUGGAAUCAUGUAGUGACCAAAAAUGUGUUUUAUAUUUGAGAUUCUUCAAAUUUCUUCAGCCUCCUGAGGUUGAAGAGGCUCUGUUGCGCCUUCUUCACCACACUGUCUGCGUGGGUGGACCAUUUCAGUUUGCUGCAAAGAAACCACUACUAAAGGACACCAAUAAGAAGAAGAGACCUGCUUAGGCUAAGAAACACGAGCAAUGGACAUUAGACCGGUGGACAUUUGUCCUUUGGUCUGGAGUCCAAUUUGGAGAUUUUUGGUUCAAACCGCUGUGUCUUUGUUAGACCCGGUGUGGGUGAACGGAUGAUCUCCGCAUGUGUAGUUCCCACCGUAAAGCAUGGAGGAGGAGGUGUUAUGGUGUGGGGGUGCUUUGCUGGUGACAGUGUCUGUGAUUUUAUUUAGAAUUCAAGGCACACUUAACUAGCAUGGCAUUCUGCAGGACAAUGAGCCAACACACCUCCAGGCUGUGUAAGGUCUAUUUUACCAAGAAGGAGAGCGAUGGAUUGCUGCAUCAGAUGACCUGGCCUCCACAAUUUCCCAACCUCAACCCAAUUGAGAUGGUUUGGGAUGAGUUCGGACAGCAGAGUGAAGGAAAAGCAGCCAACCAGUGCUAAGCAUAUGUGGGAACUCCUUCAAGACUGUUGGAAAAGCAUUCCAGGUGAAGCUGGUUGAGAGAAUGCCAAGAGUGUGCAAAGCUGUCAUCAAGGCAAAGGGUGGCUAGUUGAAGAAUCUCAAAUAUAAAAUAUAUUUUGAUUUGUUUAACACUUUUUUGGUUACUACAUGAUUCCAUAUGUGUUAUUUCAUUUACAUUUACGUCAUUUAGCAGACGCUCUUAUCCAGAGCGACUUACAGUUAGUGAGUGCAUACAUUAUUUUUUUAUUUUUUUCAUACUGGCCCCCCGUGGGAAUCGAACCCACAACCCUGGCGUUGCAAACGCCAUGCUCUACCAACUGAGCUACAUGGGGCACUUCAAUCAGUGUUGAUGAAGGGGAGGAGACAGGUUAAAGAAGGAUUGUUAAGCCUUGAGACAAUUGAGACAUAGAUUGUGUGUGUGUGCCAUUCAGAGGGUGAAUGGGCAAGACAGGUGCACCGGUUUGAGUGUGUCAAGAACUGCAACGCUGCUGGGUUUUUCACGCUCAACAGUUUCCUGUGUGUAUCAAGAAUGGCCCACCACCCAAAGUACUUCCAGCCAACAUGGCACAACUUUGGGAAGCAUCCCUGUGGAACGCUUUCGGCACCUUGUAGAGUCCAUGCUCCAACAAAUUUAGGCUGUUCUGAGGGCAAAACUGAAUAUUAGGAAGGUGUUCCUAAUGUGUUGUACACUCAGUGUAUGAUUUGGUUUUACCUUCCAACAUAAAUUGAUGUCAAAUUAAUACAUUUAUGUGGUAUACUGUAAAUAUAGAAUUUUACAGUGUUCAGCAGUUAUCAAACUAUAUACAGUGGGGGAAAAAAGUAUUUAGUCAGCCACCAAUUGUGCAAGUUCUCCCACUUAAAAAAAUGAGAGAGGCCUGUACUUUUCAUCAUAGGUACACAUCAACUAUGACAGACAAAUUGAGAAAUUGUGGGAGCAAUUAUUAGGAAAUGGAAGACAUACAAGACCACUGAUAAUCUCCCUCGAUCUGGGGCUCCACGCAAGAUCUCACCCCGUGGGGUCAAAAUGAUCACAAGAACGGUGAGCAAAAAUCCCAGAACCACACGGGGGGACCUAGUGAAUGACCUGCAGAGAGCUGGGACCAAAGUAACAAAGCCUACCAUCAGUAACACACUACGCCGCCAGGGACUCAAAUCCUGCAGUGCCAGACGUGUCCCCCUGCUUAAGCCAGUACAUGUCCAGGCCCGUCUGAAGUUUGCUAGAGUGCAUUUGGAUGAUCCAGAAGAGGAUUGGGAGAAUGUCAUAUGGUCAGAUGAAACCAAAAUAGAACUUUUUGGUAAAAACUCAACUCGUCGUGUUUGGAGGACAAAGAAUGCUGAGUUGCAUCCAAAGAACACCAUACCUACUGUGAAGCAUGGGGGUGGAAACAUCAUGCUUUGGGGCUGUUUUUCUGCAAAGGGACCAGGACGACUGAUCCGUGUAAAGGAAAGAAUGAAUGGGGCCAUGUAUCGUGAGAUUUUGAGUGAAAACCUCCUUCCAUCAGCAAGGGCAUUGAAGAUGAAACGUGGCUGGGUCUUUCAGCAUGACAAUGAUCCCAAACACACCGCCCGGGCAACGAAGGAGUGGCUUCGUAAGAAGCAUUUCAAGGUCCUGGAGUGGCCUAGCCAGUCUCCAGAUCUCAACCCCAUAGAAAAUCUUUGGAGGGAGUUGAAAGUCCGUGUUGCCCAGCGACAGCCCCAAAACACUGCUCUAGAGGAGAUCUGCAUGGAGGAAUGGGCCAAAAUACCAGCAACAGUGUGUGAAAACCUUGUGAAGACUUACAGAAAACGUUUGACCUGUGUCAUUGCCAACAAAGGGUAUAUAACAAAGUAUUGAGAAACUUUUGUUAUUGACCAAAUACUUAUUUUCCAACAUAAUUUGCAAAUAAAUUCAUUAAAAAUCCUACAAUGUGAUUUUCUGGAGAAAAAAAAUCUCAUUUUGUCUGUCAUAGUUGACGUGUACCUAUGAUGAAAAUUACAGGCCUCUCUCAUCUUUUUAAGUGGGAGAACUUGCACAAUUGGUGGCUGACUAAAUACAUUUUUUCCCCACUGUAUGUCAACUAGGCACUAAAUAAUUUAGGAUAGUAUCAGUUUUGAGCAGUUUGAUUAAGUGAUAGUAAAAAGAUAACGAGAAAAUAAUAUAAAAAGUCAAGUAAAUAUUACAUUUUGAAAAAUAGAUACACUACAUGGCCAAAAGUAUGUUCGUCGAACAUCUCAUACCAAAAUCAUGGGCAUUAAUAUGGAGUUGGUCCUCCCUUUGCUGCUAUAACAGCCUCCACUCUUCUGGGAAGGCUAUCCACUAAAUGUUGGAACAUUGCUGCGGGGACUUGCUUCCAUUCAGCCACAAGAGCAUUAGUGAGGUCGGGCACUGAUGUUGGGCGAUUAGGCCUGGCUCGCAGUCGGCGUUCCAAUUCAUCCCAAAGGUGUUUGAUGGGGUUGAGGUCAGGGCUUUGUGCAGGCCAGUCAAGUUCUCCCACACCAAUCUCGACAAACCGUUUCUGUAUGGACCUCGCUUUGUGCACGGGGGCAUUGUCAUGCUGAAACAGGAAAGGGCCUUCCCCAAACUCUUGCCACAAAGUUGGAAGCACAGAAUUGUCUAGAAUGUAAUUAAAUGCUGUACUGUUAAGAUUUCCCUUCACUGGAACUAAGGGGCCUAGCCCGAACAAUGAAAAACAGCCCCAGACCAUUAUUCUCCUUCACCAAACUUUACAGUUGGCACUAUGCAUUCGGGCAGGUAAUGUUCUUCUGGCAUCCGUCAAACCCAGAUUCGUCCAUUGAACUGCCAGGUGGUGAAUCAUGAUACAUCACUCGAGAUAAUGCGUUUCCACUGCUCCAGAGUCCAAUGGCGGCGAGCUUUACACCACUCCAGCCGACACUUGGCAUUGCACAUGGUGAUCUUAGGCUUGUGUGCAGCUGCUUGGCCAUAGAAACUCAUUUCAUGAAGCUCCCGACAAACAGUUAUUGUGCUGACGUUGCUUCGAUUUGGCAAUUUGGAACACAGUAGUGAGUGUUGCAACCGAGGACAGACGAUUUUUACGAGCUACGCGCUUCAGCACUCGGCAGUCCCGUUCUGUGAGCUUGUGUGGCAUACCACUUCGCGGCUGAGCAGUUGUUGCUCCUAGAUGUUUCCACUUCACAAUAACAGCACUUAUAGUUGACCGGGGCAGCUCUAGCAGGGAAGACAUUUUACGAACUGACUUAUUGGCAUCCUAUGAUGGUGCCACGUUGAAAGUCACUGAGCUCUUCAGUACGGGCCAUUCUACUGCCAAUGUUUGUCUAUGGAGAUUGCAUGGCUGUGUGCUCAAUUGUAUACACCUGUCAGCAACGGUGUGGCUGAAAUAGCUAAAUCCACUAAUUUGAAGGAGUGUUCUCUCUAAAGGCACUAGGUAAAAAGGCGGACGAUUGUUGGUAGGCUGAUGGAUGCCACAUUGGAAAAAGGUGUCAUCGUUCUCCUCAAUGGCCUGCUUUAUUUCGAACAGCUGUAUGUCAUUCCUGGCCCUCAGCAUUUCAACCACUGCCCACUCCUGCUGGUCGGUCAGCACACGGCCACCACCAUGGGGUCUUCUGUAAAUUCUGAUUGUAGAACAGAGUAUACUGUCAAUAGGUCAUACUGUAAGAAUACAGUAAUAUGUUUUGUGAAUUUACCUGCAUUACAAUAUGUUUUUUACUGUAAAUGUAAUGAUAAAAGCAUAGUGCAUAUCCUGCAGACUUACCGGUUUUCUUGGAAAAUGUUCUCAUGAUCGAACAGUUUAUCUUUUCAGAUUGGGGUGAACUUAUAUGGCAGCCUCUGCCAUGGUAAGGCUUCUGUUUACCACAUGGUCAAUGACGAUGGCCCGGACGUCAUUAGACACAACAGUUCCAUGCCGUCUGCCUCCCUCUCUCUGAUGUCCACCUCUUUGACGGGGCCCAUGCCCACCUCUUCGACCUCUUUGACGGGGCCCAUGCCCACCUCUUUGAUCUCUCUGAUGGAGCCCAUGCCCACCUCUUUGACCUCUUUGAUGAUACCCAUGCCCACCUCUUUGACCUAUUUGAUGGGGCCAAUGCCCACCUCUUUGACCUCUUUGAUGGGGCCCAUGACCACCUCUCUGAAGGGCCCCUUGUCCAUGAGCUCUUUGAUUUCUUCCUCUCCUUUGAUGUGUAUCCAGCUCCAUGUUGAAAGAAAUUGCAAGUGUUCACACACACUCUUUUAUAUGGUGACCAAUUGUGGUUAACACUAUGUGAAAUCAAGUAGCAUUAACAAGUAGUCAUUAUGUAUGGUUAUCAUGUAUCAUACAUGUCAUUUAUACUUUACAAACACACAUUUUAUUUCUGCAGUGCUCAAAGUCCAUAUACAGUGCCUUCGGAAAGUAUUCAGACAUCUUGACUUUUUCCACAUUUUGUUACAUUACAGCCUUAUACUAAAAUUGAUUGAAUAAAAAAAUUAUCCUCAGCAAUCUACACACAAUACCCCAUAAUAACAAAGCGAAAACAGGUUUUUAUAGCACAUUUAUAAAAAUAAAAAUACCUUAUUUACAUUGGUAUUCAGACUCGAAAUUAAGCUCAGGUUCAUCCUGUUUCCAAUGAUCAUCCUUGAGAUAUUUCUACAACUUGAUUGGAGUCCACCUGUUGUAAAUUACAUUGAUUGAACAUGAUUUGGAAAGGCACACACCUGUCUAUAUAAGGUCCCACAGUUGACAGUGCAUGUCAGAGCAAAACCAAGCCAUGAGGUCUGUCACACCCUGGCCUUGAGAGGCCUGUUGUCUUUAGUUGGUUUGGUCAGGGCGUGAGAAUCUAUGCUGGAAAUUCUAUGUUUGUGAUCUAGGUAGUGUAUUUCUAUGUUGGGCCGGGUGUGAUUCCCAAUCAGAGACAGCUGUCACUCGUUGUCUCUGAUUGGGGAUCAUACUUAAGUAGCCUGUUUGCCUACCUUAAUUGUGGGAUCUUGUUCCGUGUUAGGCUUGCAUAUGUUUAGCCUGAGGACUUCACGUUAUGUUGUUUCUUGUUUUGUUUAAUGUUUAUUUGGUUUAAUAAACAUGUUCAAAUACCACGCUGCACCUUGGUCUGACCCGUCUCUCAACAAUCGUGACAAGGUCGAAGGAAUUGUCCGCAGAGCUCCGAAACAGGAUUGUCGAGGAACAGAUCUGGGGAAGGGUACCAAAAAAUGUCUCUAGCAUUGAAGGUCACCAAGAACACAGUGGCCUCCAUCAUUCUUAAAUGGAAGAAGUUUGGAAACACCAAGACUCUUCCUAGACCUGGCUGCCCGGCCAAACUGAGCAAUUGGGGAGAAGGGCCUUGGUCAGGGAGGUGACCAAGAACCCGAUGGUCACUCUGACAGAGCUCUAGAGUUCCUCUGUGGAGAUGGGAGAACCUUCCAGAAGGACAACCAUCUCUGCAGCACUCCACCAAUCAGGCCUUCAUGGUAGAGUGGCCAGACGGAAGCCCCUCCUCAGUAAAAGGCACAUGACAGCCCGCUUGGAGUUUCCCAAAAGGCACCUAAAGACUCUCAGACCAUGAGAAACAAGAUUCUCUGGUCUGAUGAAACCAAGGUUGAACUCUUUGGCCGAAUGCCAAGCGUCAUUUCUGGAAGAAACCUGGCACCAUCCCUACGGUGAAGCAUGGUGGUGGCAGCAUCAUGCUGUGGGGAUGUUUUUCAGCAGCAGGGACUGAGAGACUAGUCAGGAUCGAGGCAAAGAUGAACGGAGCAAAGUACAGAGAUCCUUGAUGAAAACUUGCUCCAUAGCUCUCAGGACCUCAGACUGGGGAAAAGGUUCACCUUCCAACAGGACAAACGACCCUAAGCACACAGCUAAGACAACGCAGGAGUGGCUUCGGGACAAGUCUCUGAAUGUCCUUGAGUGGCCCAGCCAGAGCCCGGACUUGAACCUGAUCGAACAUCUCUGGAGAGACCUGAAAAUAGCUGUGCAGCAACGGUCCCCAUCCAACCUGACAGAGCUUGAGAUGAUCUGCAGUGAAGAAUGGGAGAAACUCCCCAAAUACAGGUGUGCCAAGCUUGUAGCGUCCUACCCAAGAAGACUCAAGGCUGUAAUCGCUGCCAAAGGUGCUUCAACAAAGUACUGAGUAAAGUGUCUGAAUACUUAUGUAAAUGUGAUAUUUCAGUUUUCUUUUUUUAUUGCUAAAAUCCUGUUUUUGCUUUGUCAUUAUGGGGUAUUGUGUGUAGAUUGAUGAGGGGGGGAAAACAAUUUAAUCCAUUUUAGAAUAAGGCUGUAACCUAACAAAAUGUGGAAAAAGUCAAGGAGUCUGAAUACUUUCCGAAGGCACUGUAUAGUAGACAAACCAGUUUUAAAAUAUGUAGGUUUACCAAACGGUUAAGUGAUUAAUAAUUAAGUGCAGUUGGAUUAAGUGAUGGUCAUAUGUAUUUAAACAAAUGAGAAGAGUAUCAUAUGAAAAAUAUUGUGAGCAUUGAAUUGUGAAAGGCAAUUACUUUAUAUGAAAGCUAUUUCUAGAUGAAACACUGAUUAGGUUUGGUGAAAAAGUUACUAUGUGAUUUAGAAGAAAAAAAACAGCUUUUUGAUGAUCUGUUUUGAGUUUUGUAUGAUGGACUGUAGUUUCUCUUUGCUUAUUUGAGCUGUUCUUGCCAUAAUAUGGACUUUUACCAAGUAGGGCUAACUUCUGUUAUCUUCUACCUUAUCACAACACAACUGAUUGGCUCAAACGCAUUAAGAAGGAAAUACAUUUCACAAAUUAACUUUUAAGAAGGCACACCUGUUAAUUGAAAUGCAUUCCAGGUGACUACCUCAUGAAGCUGGUUGAGAGAAUGCCAAGAGUGUGCAAAGCUGUCAUCAAGGCAAAGGGUGGCUAUUUGAAGAAUCUCAAAUAUUAAAUACAUUUUGAUUUGUUUAACACUUUUUUGGUUACUACAUGAUUCCAUAUGUGUUAUUUAAUAGUUUUAUUGUCUUCACUAUUAUUCUACAAGGUAGAAAAUAGUAAAAAUAAAGAAAAGCCCUUGAACGAGUAGGUGUGUCCAAACUUUUGACUGGUACUGUAUGUGUAUAUAUAUAUAUAUAUAUAUAUAUAUAUAUAUAUAUAUAUAUACAGUGGGGAGAACAAGUAUUUGAUACACUGCCGAUUUUGCAGGUUUUCCUACUUACAAAGCAUGUAGAGGUCUGUAAUUUUUAUCCUAGGUACACUUCAACUGUGAGAGACGGAAUUUAAAACAAAAAUCCAGAAAAUCACAUUAUAUGAUUUUUAAGUAAUUAAUUUGCAUUUUAUUGCAUGACGUAAGUAUUUGAUACAUCAGGAAAGCAGAACUUAAUAUUUGAUACAGAAACCUUUGUUUGCAAUUACAGAGAUCAUACGUUUCUUGUAGGUCUUGACCAGGUUUGCACACACUGCAGCAGGGAUUUUGGCCCACUCCUCCAUACAGACCUUCUCCAGAUCCUUCAGAUUUUGGGGCUGUCGCUGGGCAAUACGGACUUUCAGCUCCCUCCAAAGAUUUUCUAUUGGGUUCAGGUCUGGAGACUGGCUAGGCCACUCCAGGACCUUGAGAUGCUUCUUACGGAGCAACUCCUUAGUUUCCCUGGCUGUGUGUUUCGGGUCGUUGUCAUGCUGGAAGACCCAGCCACGACCCAUCUUCAAUGCUCUUACUGAGGGAAGGAGGUUGUUGGCCAAGAUCUCGCGAUACAUGGCCCCUUCCAUCCUCCCCUCAAUACGGUGCAGUCGUCCUGUCCCGUUUGCAGAAAAGCAUCCCCAAAUAAUGAUUUUUCCACCUCCAUGCUUCACAGUUGGGAUGGUGUUCUUGGGGUUGUACUCAUCCUUCUUCUUCCUCCAAACACGGCGAGUGGAGUUUAGACCAAAAAGCUCUAUUUUUGUCUCAUCAGACCACAUGACCUUCUCCCAUUCCUCCUCUGGAUCACCCUGAUGGUCAUUGGCAAACUUCAGACGGGCCUGGACAUGCGCUGGCUUGAGCAGGGGGACCUUGCGUGCGCUGCAGGAUUUUAAUCCAUGACGGCGUAGUGUGUUACUAAUGGUUUUCUUUGAGACUGUGGUCCCAGCUCUCUUCAGGUCAUUGACCAGGUCCUGCCGUGUAGUUCUGGGCUGAUCCCUCACCUUCCUCAUGAUCAUUGAGGCCCCACGAGGUGAGAUCUUGCAUGGAGCCCCAGACCGAGGGUGAUUGACCGUCAUCUUGAACUUCUUCCAUUUUUUUAUAAUUGCGCCUUCAGUUGUUGCCUUCUCACCAAGCUGCUUGCCUAUUGUCCUGUAGCCCAUCCCAGCCUUGUGCAGGUCUACAAUUUUAACCCUGAUGUCCUUACACAGCGCUCUGGUCUUGGCCAUUGUGGAGAGGUUGGAGUCUGUUUGAUUGAGUGUGUGGACAUGUGUCUUUUAUACAGGCAACGAGUUCAAACAGGUGCAGUUAAUACAGGUAAUGAAUGGAGAACAGGAGGGCUUCUUAAAGAAAAAUUAACAGGUCUGUGAGAGCCGGAAUUCUUACUGGUUUGUAGGUGAUCAAAUACUUAUGUCAUGCAAUAAAAUGCAAAUGAAUUACUUAAAAAUCAUACAAUGUGAUUUUCUGGAUUUUUGUUUUAGAUUCCGUCUCUCACAGUUGAAGUGUACCUAUGAUAAAAAUUACAGACCUCUACAUGCUUUGUAAGUAGGAAAACCUGCAAAAUCGGCAGUGUAUCAAAUACUUGUUCUCCCCACUGUGUAUAUAUAUAUAUAUAUAUAUAUAUAUAUAUAUAUAUAUAUAUAUAUAUAUAUAUAUAUAUAUAUAUAUAUAUAUAUAGGUGUCUAUACUUCAUCAGCAAAGUUAGAUAAGAAGUAGGGCCUUGUAAACAAAAAGGGAGUAAUGUAGAGCUCUACGGGUCUUUAGCAAAGUCCAGCCAACCUUUUGAUACAGGAUGCAGUGUUGAGUAUCAAAACUGUCAUAGGAAACAAAACAAAGGGCACUAUGGUAGAUGGCAUCCAAAAGUUUAAGAGUAGUAGCAGCUGCACUUCGAUAAAUAAUAUCACCAACAGAUAAAAAGGUUGACUGAAUAAUCUGCUUGCUACUGCUUUAUAACGGGAAACAUGCCUAUGUAUGGCGUGCGCCAAGUUUAUAAAUCUAAAUAGUUUUGUGAAUGCAGAAAUGGUGCAUGCAGAUAUUUAGUGUUAAAUUUAAGCAACGGUUAUAAAUGAGGCCCCAGGCACUGGGGUGUACGGAGUACCGGUAAAAUAAAUAGUGGCAGAAACUGUACCAGUAAAAGAUUAGCCUAUCAAAAUAAAAAUAUCUAAGAUCUAAGGUGGCGAUAUGUAACUUUUUAGGUGACCCAACCAUAUUCACAUAGAAAUGUGAGUUAUAGAUCUAUCAUUCUAAUUGAAAGCAAGUCUAAUAAACAGUAGAGCGGUUCUAUGUGUGCUAUUUCUAUGCUUCCCUAAAAUACUAUUUUUUUAAAAAUGGAAAAUAUAUUUCACAGCGUUUGUGACGGUACAAUGAUUCUCUACACUAUACUAGCUUAUUUUGUCACAUAAACAGAAAUUAGGCUAACUAUUUGGCGGAGCGAUUUCUGCAUAGUGCAACUUUAAACGAAACCUUUUACACUGUAAUGUAUCUCUAACUCAUGUUAGCCGCAUGAAAAAUUUGCGAAUGGUGGUAUAGCCUUACGUUCCAAAAUAAAGUGUGGGUUUGUCUCUACGACCAGAAAGAACACAUUACAUUUUGCCAAGUCAGGGAUGGCAGGCCAAGGCCGAGAGACGCGCACUGACAGCAGUGUGGAUGCAUCAACCUAAACUCACUCCAGGUUAAAGGAUUUUGCCCAAGGUUGCCCAGAGGAAGUCCAUGGAGUUCCUCCUUGGCUACAUCAUGUGGCAGUUUAUUCGAUUCUUCGGCAUCCAGGUUAAAGUGAGUAUAGUCAGCCAUGUAUUGGUCUAUGAUGAAGAUGAUGAUCAUUACAGAGUAGGCUGUUUACAUAUCAAUGUCAGAGACCUUUUCAUUAAUUGUGUCUUUGUGACUUUCUUGCUAUAUCCCAAUCUCUACAUUUCUUGGUGGUUCAAAGUACUCCUGAGAAGAGCCCUCUCAGUAGAUGAAUGCUCCAUCCAGUGAUGAUGUCCUAAAGACCUCUACAGAAGAUAAAGCCAAACCCUGGAUGACAAACUGAUCGAUAGCCCACCUGACAAUGAACCACCACUCCAUGACAACAUACAGGCUUCCCCUCAGGUGAACGACAAACCACUCGACCUCAAAGACGUGAAGGACUCUCUGGGUGAUACUGCUCCCUUCAUUGACCCGCAGGUGACCUCACAGGUCGACGCCACGUCUGCCUUUUACAUGGAAGCCUCCUUGGAGGUUGCCACACCACCCAUGGACCAUGUGGUAGCCUACCUAGAAGGAAACACCACACCUGUGGACAAGAUCCAGGUCUGCACACCCCUUGUUGUUGAGCAGCAGCGCCCGUUGGUGCUGAGCCUGUGUGUGGACAAGCUACAGCCACGUCAGAAGAGUGGAAGAGUCAGAAGAGUAGAAGCCAGCCUGGGGCGCUCAGUACUGCUGGGAAACACCUUGAGACAGAUCUAG